GCUGUGUGUUAAAGGAUGAGAUAUCCUAAUAUGUUGCUUCUUAUGCUCCCAUUGAAAGGCAUGUGGGGACAAAUUUCACUGAUUUUCCUGCUUUUCCCCUCCAGAACGGUAAGUGGAAAUAUAGCACGUUAAGUGAUGUUUAUGUACAUAGGAGUCAAACGAACUCAGCCGUAAAAUGUUUUAUCAUUCGACUUAACUUUUAGCUCAAUUAUAUUAACAUCAUUUAAUAUUCAUUUAGAUAACUAUUGUAAAAUAGUUUUUUCUUGUUUUUUUUACUAAUUGCAUGUGUUUAUAUAGAAACAUAGAAAGUGACGGCAGAUAAGAACCAUUCGGCCCAUCUAGUCUGCCCAAUUUUCUAAAUACUUUCAUUAGUCCCUAGCCUUAUCUUAUAGUUAGGAUAGCCUUAUGCCUAUCCCACGCAUGCUUAAACUCCUUUACUGUGUUAACCUCUACCACUUCAGCUGGAAGGCUAUUCCAUGCAUCCACUACCCUCUCAGUAAAGUAAUACUUCCUGAUAUUAUUUUUAAACCUUUGUCCCUCUAAUUUAAGACUAUGUCCUCUUGUUGUGGUAGUUUUUCUUCUUUUAAAUAUAGUCUCCUCCUUUACUGUGUUGAUUCCCUUUAUAUAUUUAAAUGUUUCUAUCAUAUCCCCCCUGUCUCGUCUUUCCUCCAAGCUAUACAUGUUAAGAUCCUUUAACCUUUCCUGGUAAGUUUUAUCCCACAAUCCAUGAACCAGCCCGCUAAACCAAGACAAAAACUUAAUUUAUACCUUUCAUUCUGCGUGUAUUUAUGGGGCGGGGGAGGGUUUAAAAUAGAUGCGUCACCCAGUUGGGUUACCAAUGUCACAUACACAAUACAUCACAAGAAAAAUGACUAAUAGAAAAUGCAUUAUAAAAAUAUGCUGCUGAUUAAUCAAAAUCUAUGGCAAUAUAAUCAUACAGGAGUUGAACAACCUUUCUUAAAAUCUAUUUCAAUGGAUUUGAACAAUAUCAGUGUGAAAAAGAAACUACUUUAAAAAAUAUAUUAUUUUAUGACAUAUACCAUUUCUACUGCCCUCCACCCACCCCCCAAAAAAAAAUUACAAUAAUUUAUAUUGUUGGACUUUAAAUGGAAUUAAGACAUUUCAUACUAGCAUCCUUCUGAGUCAUUCUCAAAGUGGUCUGCCUGGAAACUGGACAAUAUUUUUGAGUCUUGUAGAUUUUUUUAAACGAUCACACAUCGUAAUCAAUCAUCAGCUAUCAUCUAUCAAAUGACAAUAACUUUAGAAUAAGGGGAUAUCUUCCCAAACAUACCAUUGUAAAUAAAAUAUAUAUAUAUAUUUUUUGUAAAUUGGUGAAAGUAACUAGGAAUUCAUGGAUAUUCUGAAUAUAUAAAUGAACGUAUAUAUAUAUAUAUAUAUAUAUAUAUAGCAAAAAUCAAUGUAUAAGGAGCACUCACAGGUCUUCAUCCAAAAUCUAAUUUAUUCUUUAGUGGAAAUUACAUGUGCAAAUCUUAAGCAAUCGACGUUUCGACCCUCACAGGGUCUUCUUCAAGAUCCUGUGACUGUUGAAACGUCGAUUGCUUAAGAUUUGCACAUGUAAUUUGCACUAAAGAAUAAAUUAGAUUUUGGAUGAAGACCUGUGAGUGCUCCUUAUAUAUUGAUUUUUGCUAUAUGAUAAACGCUGAGGAUUGCACCCAGGCAAGGAUUGAUUAUCUUUUGGAAACAGUAAGGGUGAGUGCCAAGGUCUCCUCUUUAUAUAUAUAUAUAUAUAUAGAUAUAUAUAAUCACCAAAAUAUUUGGGGCUUGGGUGCCUUUAACUGAUGUACUAUCUGCCAUUAUUCUUUUUUAUAUGUAAAAUUGGAAUAUCAUGGGAUAUUUAGCAACAUUUUCAAAAGGUUAAUUUAUUUGAUUUAUGAAAACCAAUAUUCAGGCACGAUUUGUAGGGAUGUCCCCUGACAAAAUCAUGCUUUGAAUUGCUGAAGCCAUUUCUGGCUAUUCAGUAAGGAUUUCAUUUCAAAACGCAGGGAGCUAAAAGCAGUGAUGAGAAGUUUUCGAGCUGACUGCUAUUCUGUGAAAAUCACGUUACAGACUGCGUAGUAGUCAGGUGUGUGAAUUGUGAAAACAACCCAAGCUGUGAUACAUUCUAGAUUGCAAAGGUACAGUGACCUUUAAUAAGUCAAAUCCCUCUUGCAAUAAAACAAGGGAGCUGUAAUGUCACUCUCUCUAAAAAUAGCUUAUUCUGAAGAGAGGUGAUCUUUUUAUGACCCUUAGCUAUACGGCAUCCCUGUAACUGCUGAUUUCCAGGAUCUCUCUUGGUCCUCUUUAUUCUCAUCUACUUUAGUCAUUUUUCUUACACUUAAUCAGGUGCGUCUUGUACUCAAGUCUGGUUUAAGUAGCCAUUUUGAUGUUAACAGUUUGAAAUAUAAAGGGACACUUUACUACUCAACAUCACUAUUUAGUAUACAUACCCCCAAAUGAAAACUUGCAUGCACUUAAUUAUGCAUUUUUUAAUUUAAGCUAUGUUUAAAAAUAGCAUGUGAAAGCUGCAGUUUUCUUGUCUGAAACCACUGGUGUGCAUAUAGGGAGUCGCAGCUGCGACUGGGUGCCCGCCGGCAUGUUUUGCGACCCCGGCCCACACGGCAAACCACCGUUCAAGGGGUCCAUCGGGUCGCAUGUGUUGAUAAGGCCACCCAAUGGGUAUGGAUUUUGAGGGGGCCCGAACAGCGCGACCAGGCCCCCUGUGUUGAGAUCACACGCUGGGAGGAAGUGACUGCCCCGGUUACUCCUCCCAGCUAUCAGAGAGAGCCCGCGCGGGAGGAAGGAGAGGGAGUCAGAGUGGAAACUCUGACUCCCAUCAACCUGAGCCACCACGGCACCCCAGGGAAAGUCACACUCCUGCACCUAAAAGGUAGGAAACAGGAGGGUGACUUAAACAUUUUAUCAAUGUGUGUGUGUCUGUCUGUGUGUGUGUAUGUGUGUGUCUGUAUGUAUGUGUGCCUGUCUGUAUAUAUGUAUAUGUCUGUGUGUCUCUCUGUGUGUGUGCAUCGUUUUUUUAUGUAUGUGUCUGUGUGUGUCUGAAUUUAUGUAUGUGUGCCCUAUCUGUUUGUAUGUAUAUCUGUCUUGUGUGUCUGUCUGUCUGUGUGUAUGUAUGUGUGUAUGUGUCAGCAUGUAUCUGUCUGUAUGUGUGUGUGUCUAUGUAUGUAUGUGUGUGUCUGUCUGUAUGUAUGUGUCUGUGUGUGUGUGUGUGUCUGUCUGUAUGUGUGCCUCUCUGUUUGUAUGUAAGUAUGUAUGUGUCUUUGUAUGUAUGUGUGUCUUGUGUGUGCGUCUGUCUGUAUGUAUGUGUCUAUCUGUAUGUAUGUAUGUAUGUAUGUGUGCCUGUCUGUUUGUAUGUAUGUGUGUCUUUUGUGUGUCUGUCUGUGUAUGUGUGUGUGUCGGGUUGUACGUAUGUGUGUGUGUGUGUGUGUGUCUGUAUGUAUGUAUGUAUGUGUGCCUGUCUGUGUGUAUGUAUGUGUGUCUUAUGUGUAUGUGUCUGUAUGUAUCUGUCUGUCUGUAUGUGUCUAUGUGUGUGUGUCUGUAUGUGUGUAUGUGUCUGUAUGUAUGUAUGUGUGCGUGUGUCUGUCGGGGGGGAGAGGAUGGGAAGAGAGAGGAGGGGAGAAGGGGAGGGAAGAGGGGGGGGCUAUGGAUCAGUUUCGCACCAGGGCCCUAUGGAUUAUGUGUAUGCCACUGCCUGAAGCCUUUGCAAACCCUCCCCUUCUUACCCCACCCAGACUUUAUGUGGCUGUCCAAUCACAGAUUUCCAAAUGCAGCUCAAUGACAGGCCUUUGCAAAGCAGGUUCUCUGUGCAAUUGCUGCCUCGUUUUCCUGGCACUAAAGCUUCUUCCUCUGUCAAGCUCCCCGCCCCCCCCUUUCUGUCACUUACCUGGUCCAGUGCCGAUGUCCCUUGGCACUGACACAGCUCCGCCCAUGCUCCUCUCCCGCUGACGACAGCUGGCAGGGGAGACCUAAUGCGCAUGCAUGGCAAUUGCUGCGCUCGCAUUAGGAUUUCCCCAUAGAAAAGCAUUAUUCAAUGCUUUCCUGUAGGGAUUACGGUGACGCUGGAAGUCCUCAUGCAUAGCGUGAGGACGUCCAGCGUCAUUUACGCGACCAAGAGUUGCCUAGUCACCCAGAAGUCCCUCUAGUGGUUGUCUGGUAGACAGCCACUAGAGGAGGAGUUAACCCUAGCAAGUAAUUAUUGCAGUUUAUGAAAACUGCAAUAACUACAUGCUCAGGGUUAAGGGCAUAGGCGUGCGCAGCCUAUCGCAUUAGGGUGUGUACCCUAAAGCACAAACACACGCCGCAUGUAAAUGUAUGUAUAUAUAUAUAUAUACACACACACACACAUACAUACACUGCUGUGUGUGUGCUGUUAGUGUGCUGUAUGAGGGUGGUGUGAGGGUGCUGUGUGUGUGUGUGUGUGUGUGUGUGUGUGAGGGUGCUGUUAGUGUGAUGUGUGUGUGAGGGUGCUGUUAGUGUGAUGUGUGUGUGAGGGUGCUGUUAGUGUGAUGUGUGUGUGAGGGUGCUGGUAGUGUGCUAUGUGGGUGAGGGUGUUUGUGUGUGUGUGUGUGUUUGUGAGGGUGCUGUUAGUGUGCUGUGUGUGAGGAUGCUGUUUGUGUGUGAGGGUGCUGGUAGUGUGCUCUGUGUGAGGGUGUUUGUGUUUGUUAGGGUCCUGUUAGUGUGCUGUGUGAGGGUGUUGUGUGUGUGAGGGUGCUGUUUGUGUGUGAGGGUGCUGUGUGUGUGAGGGUGCUGUUUGUGUUCUGUGUGUGAGGGUGCUGUUUGGGGGAUCCUUGCUGCCAUGUGCCAUCCCUGGUGGUCCAGUGGAGAGUGAACUCUAGCCUGCGUGGCAACGCUCAGAUCUCGCGAGAGGAACCUGGCAGAGUUGCUGUCUAGAGCUCCGCGGGUCCUCUCCUGCCUUCCUCCUUGCUGCUGGGGGCCGGUGAGGUAGAUCUUUGAUCUCCCCACUGGCCCAUGGAGGCUUAGAGCAGAGCCGGCACUCAGAUAGCGCCGGCUCUGCAUGAGCCGACAGGGGAGAUCCGGAGAUCUCCCCUGCCGGCAGGGGUCAAGUCCUGGGGAAUAAAGUGUGGGAACUCUCCCAAGAUUCCCAUCCCCUCAAAAAAAUAAUAUACACUUGUGUAUAUAUAUAUAUAGUUACAUAGUUACAUAGCUGAAAAGAGACUUGCGUCCAUCAAGUUCAGCCUACCUCACAUUUGUUUUUUGCUGUUGAUCCAAAAGAAGGCAAAAAAACCCAGUUUGAAGGACAAUUUUGCAACUAGCUAGGAAAAAAAUUCCUUCUUGACCCCAGAAUGGCAGUCAGAUUUAUCCUUGGAUCAAGCAGUUAUUACCCUACAUUGAAAGAUAUAUAUAUACGCGUGCACACUGACACACAUACACAGGCAUACACAUAUAUAUAUAUAUAUGCAUGCACACACACUAACACACAUACUCAGACACACACACAUACACUCACAGACACACAUAUACUCAGACACACACACACUUACAGACACACGCAGACAGAGACACACAUACAUUCACAGAUACACACACAUACACUGACACACAUACACACUCACACACAAAUACACUCACAGACACACACACACUCACAAAUUAUUUUUUUAAAUUAAAAAAUGUCCACCCAGCCUCCCUACCAGGAGAGCUGGCGUGGACCUGUCCCUGGGGUUUAGUGGGGCAGGCGCCGGUCUCCAUAUCAGACGCGGUGAGGGGGCUGUGUCCUCUCUGCUCCCUCUCGCCGGGGUCUAUUGUACCUGGGAGCAAAUGGCGCGCAGCUAGAGGGAGCAGAGAGGACACAGCUCCCUCACUGUGUCUGAUAUGGAGACAGGUGCCCGUGGGGGGGGUUCCAUCACCUCUUGCCCCCCCACAUGACAGGGAGAACAUGGGGGGAGGGGAGAAUUUGGGGGUGGCAGGAGUGCCUGCAGGAACAGCGGGAAAAAAAAGUGCAGAAACGCUGUUCCCACGCGUUCCUGCAGGACUCAAUCCAUAGGCGUGCUGCAGGGAUUAGGGAGUGCCCAGGCACACCCGGCACACCCCGUACGCACGCAUAUGGUAAUGGGUGAUGGGAGUUUGCACCAAGACCACUUCAAUGAGCUGAAGUGGUCUGGGUGCCUACAAUGUCUCUUUAACUCCACUGAGGUAAACAAACAGGAAGUAACACGAUCUGCUAUCUGACAGCCAGGGGGUGUAAACAAGGUUUAUUUAUACAUUGUUUAUAAAUUGCCACUUUUAUAAUUUACCCUAGUUACACCUCCCUGACAAUAAAGAGAGCAGGUGAUAAAAACUUUUAAAAUAAGUUACAUUUGACUGAAAAUGAAACCAUUUUGUUUUCACGCUGGCUGUGUCAGUCACAACCAGGUAGGUGUGGUUAGGGCUGCAUAAGCAGUAACUAAAGUGAUUUAACUCCUAAAUGGCAGAUAAUUUACCCAGCAACUUCAGAGGCAUGAUCUAUACACGAAAACUGCUUUAUUAAGCUAAAGUUGUUUAGGUGACUAUUGUGUCCCUUUAAAUGUAAUAAAGUUGUUCUUGUGUCCAGACAGUCCCUUUAAAACUGUUUCCCCCUGCUUUUAUUCAUCUACUUUCCAUCAAAAUAAUUGGUACAGCAUCCACGCCAGAAUCAGACAGCUUCUGUGCAUGACAUUAAUUUGAGCCCAAAUUAAGCUUUCAUUCAAUCCUGGAGUCUGUGAAUUGUAAGAGGUAUGUUAGCACCGUUUGAAUCCUAAAAAAUAUUCAUUAUGCAGUCUUUAAAUUCAUGUUCUUGAUUGCUGUAAAGCAUUAAGGGUGUUGAUUGUUAAUAUGUGCAAAAAUAAAAAAUAAAAAAAUAUAAAAAGAAACCCAUCUAUUUCAGAGACUUUCAAACAUCAUUAUUACUGUCCUUGAUCCAAAAGAAGAUGAAAAACUCAAUUUAAAUUGUUUUCCUAUUUAACCACAAAUGGGGUAAGGGAAAUCCUUCAAAGGCUACAUAAGUAGUGUAGUGUACAGGCAGUAUAAUCCAAUUGAGGUACAAAUCCAGUUUAAAGGAUUACUCCAGGUUGAGAGGUCAGGUGUACUGCCCAGACCCCCAGAACUCACCCCGCCCUCCCUCCAGGAUAAGGAAUGGGAGGAUGGGGAUGGGGGUGGAAGGAGAAGGUGUGUGUUGCCGGGGUUGAGGUUGUGCCAGUCAUUGCCAUCUUGAUGAAGGACUUAAGCAAGCCCUAGCUAGUCUCUCUGUGAGGUGCUGGAAUCUUUGCGGAGCAUCAGCAGGUAAAUGCAUCCCACAGUGCCCAUACCUUGCGGAACGUUAGAUGUGUAGUCUGUGCGCCACAGUUAUGUAUUUUCAAAAGUAAGGUGGUCAGCAUGUAGGAGGAAAUUUUAGUACUUGUUUUCCAGUGCCUGGCUAUAAUGGUCUUAGCAUGGUCUCAGCAGCCAUGAGUAUGUAUAGUAUUACUUGGUGGGUGGGUUGUUUGAGGGUUGACGGUAAUAUGUCAAGCAAAAAAUCACUGCGGAGUGUAAGUAUGAGUCCGGUGAUUCGCUUGAUGAGACUUGCCAUUUCUUUCAAAUGGUUUGAGGGUGAAGCAAACCAAGAAGAUAUGCAGCAUAGUUAAUGUUUGCACCUCCUGCAUGUAUCAGGUGAGUCCAGGUCGAUGUAUGCCAAGUGAAAUGAUACUAAGUACCAACAGAACAGAACAGUACUUUUCUUCUUGUUCGUUUAUCCAUUCUUCUUAAAGGGGAAUAUUGUUUGGAGAUCUUUUUCCCAUUAUUUGAUAUACUGUGGAGGGAGAGGAAGAUAGGAGAACAUGGGAGAUUGUCGAGUAGCAGAGGGAGAGAUUCUUCAUAGCUGGUUCCAAACCCAAGCAUACCUUUUGUAUUGUGGAUAGUAUGAGGUCCCCUGGUGGUUGAGUACCGGUGGACUGUAACAUGUGUGUAAUGCGUAGAUACGUUAAUAAUUUCCUACUUUGGAGUAUGAACCUUGUAGCCAAUAUUGAGACGGGAAUCAGGGAUUUUUCAUUGAACAGUUGUAAUCCAGGUCAAAUAGCAGAUUUAAUAUGUAUGAAAAAUAUUAUAUUUGAGAUUCUGAAAAUGUCAGCUGGCAAGAUUUUCAUAAUGUUUAUCAGUAUAAAAAUCAAAAACAGAUUAAAUAUCUCUCUGAGAUUAUGAAAAUGCCAGCUGGUAAAAUUUCCAUAAUAUUUAUUAAUAAGAGAGCCAAACACUGAUCAAUUAUCUCUUCUUUAAUAGUCUCAGGCAGAAUGAGAAGAUUUUGUCUAAUGACUUCCAAUUAGUGGAUAAAUUGAUUAAAUUAGCUACUGUGUUUAAGGCUGUCCAGUGCCCAUGGGAUUUUGAUGCCCAGAGAAUUUGUAUAAAGUACAUUGAACGACUAUGUGGUUUGGAAAAUUCUCCGUAAUAACCCCUGGCUUGUUUAGUUUUUAUGAGUAGAGUCUCCAAACUGCUGAAAUCCAAGGGUACUUAUACUCGAAAACAUUCAAAAAACCUUAGUGAAAUGUCAACACCCAUUCCUUUUCAUGGUUACAAAGGCUGCACAUAGGUUAGUGAAUUUACCUGAUUUUUCCGCCUUUUCAAUGGUGUGGUGAUGAAGAUGAUGAACUAGUGGCUGUCACGUAUUUAUCCGCUUAUAAAAAUGUGGUUAAUGGCAUUUACUGUCCACACAGGAAAAGUUGUGCCGAACAGCAACCAAAUCCACAGAAGGGUUAAUGCUUCGGGGUCAAAGGCCGGUUACAGCCUAUCAGAUCUAGAGGAGGGGUAUUUUGGCCCAGUUCUCAUCCUGCUCAGUGCCCUGUCGUGGUUUCCCUUGUUGUUGUCCGAGAGCGUGUUAUUGAUUCUGGUUAUUUGACUUUGGCAUUGUUUUUGACUUCCCUGUUUUCUGGCAUCCCUGACCCCUGGCUUUUCCUUAUCGUUGUGUCUCUUUCUGUAUCCCUUGACCUCGGCUAUUCCUGACUAUUCUUUGGUACGUUAGUCCGGCCAUUCUAAGGUCCGGUAUACGUUACCAUCCAGUCCUCUGUGUUACACAAUUCUACGUGCUGGAUCAUUCUGCAAUCCCGACAGUGGCAGAAUGGGCUCUGCCACUGUAAACAUUCUUAUAAGCUGCUGAUCCCUAUGUUUCUAAGACUUUUUAUCUUGUUCCACCUUGUUUUGAUGUAGUUGCCAAAGAUGCCAUGAUGCCCAUGGAAAAUAGUUUUUCCUUUUGCUGUUCUUAGGUUUUCCUCUGGUGACGUGCCCCUAGUGACAUGUUUGUGUUUGUUUCAGAAAUUAUAAUGUGGGAUAUGAUCUUUUACAAUCUUAUAAAUAGCCGCAUCUAAUGCAAGUAGCUAAGAAAUCAAUUCUAAUGAAAUAUACAAGCGUUUGGUGAAUUCUAUUCCAUCGACUUUUUAUAUAUCAAACUGCGUGUCUACGUUACUGUUAAAGGGUAACACAGUGAGUAGACAAAAUAUUGGAAACAUGAGUUUAAAUUUGAAACAACUGAAUACAAAUACCAAUGCAUUCGCAAAGGUUAGUUAGAUUGAGUUUUCGUUGUACUUUAUGAGCCUUACCGAGCAGACAUUGCCAUGAGAUUGUAGCUUAAAACGUAGACCGCUGAGCAACAGAGAAAGGUAAAGUGACCUCAAAAGUCAUCACUCACUUUUUUUUCUACCUAUAUAGGUUUAGAUUUGGAGAACAUCGAAUGGUGCCUUCAACUCAAUGCUUGUUGUCACUUGCCAGCUAUUAAAUAGGGUCAGAGGAGAGCACUGGUAGGGACAGAUAUCUUGUGGAACUUAUUUGUUUAAAAUAAUACUGUCAUAUGUCAUACUCUUUCAGCUCUUGGUGACUUCACUUCUCAAGGAGCCAUUGUAAAAGAGGUCCUGUAGUUAGGCUGAGUAUCUCCGUUAGGUCAGCUUCCUCUCUACUUCCAGGGGACUCUGGAGCAUAUCUGACCCAGAUGCUGAAGCUGGUCUGUGGUCUCUGGGGACCUCUUCUAGUGGACAUGGCUACAUUGGUUAUAGUUCUUUUUCCUCUUGAUGCCUUCUCUCCUGUACAGCAGCAUUGAUUGUGGCCUUUAUUUAAUAUACACACCUUCAUCUUCCUCACAAGCAAAUUUAGUGAAGCUCCCUAAAUAAGGCAAACUUGAGAAUUUUAAAAGCCAUUCUUCCCUGUUUCAUGGGAUCUAUGCAUUAUAUUAACCUCACUUUUGUGGUGAGGACAUAUGAGUGGCUUGUGGAUUGGAGUUGGAUAAUAUAUGUUUUAAAUGUUUACGUUUGGGUUUUUUUUAUUCCUCAGGUCAGCUCUAUGCGCCAGGAAUGUGCAUUCGUUCUACAGGUUCUGGAACGAGAAAAACAAUGCUACAAUAGAAUGAGAGCGGAGAACGAAACAUAUUCUGGUUCAACAUCUGGAGGUGAGAACAGAAAUCUUGACUAAAUGUUCAAUUCAGCGAUACACUAAAGAGUUGUCUAUCUUUGGAACUGGUGGCAUGUCCUGACAAAUGUGACAUUUUGAAAGUUACAGAAUUAUAAAAUGUUAUAAUACUUACAUGACAUUUUUAAUACAAGAUGCUUACAUGAGUUUAAAUAUGAAGACCCUAAAAGGAGCUCAAAAUCUACUCCAAUUAGAGGAAAAAUAUUGGCUAAACAUCCAUUAGACCCGGUCAUAUAUACAAUACAAUAACUGGGAAAAGUGCUAAAAUAGCAAAACAGAAAACAAUAAUGUCCCUUAUAGCCAACAUUUACCAUGGGUAAACAAUCUACUAAUAUACUUAAAAAGAUAUAAUAUCAAAAGACACAGUAAGACAACAACAUGUGUGCAUAAACAUUCACUGCACUGGAUCAGAAAAACAAAUUUGCCUUUGUAAAGGUAGGUACCAAAAAGAUUGUGAUGAGACCAACCAUGAUACAUCUCCCUAUAGUGUAAACAGAGAAACUACUGUUAUGUAUUAUCGUCGUAUCUCAAGUUGGACUUUAAGAAAGCCUCCUUGGGCACAGAAACUCGAUAAAUUAUGUUUCUACAACUAUCCCAAACCUUUCAGCUUCACAUGCAUACAAGCAUAGACAGGCAGGGGCGUAUUAGCCGCGAGGCAAACAAGGCAUUUGCCUUGGGCGGCAUUUUUCAGGGGGCGGCAAAAAACGCCGCCCCCCAAAUGCCCAGGGCAAAUGUCAUGUUAGCCUCGCGGCUAACUGACAUCCCGAGCGGGCGGCGCUGGCAGGCGGGCGGCUGGCGAGGGAGCUCUUCCUAUGAGCUGACUGCUCAGCUCCCUCGCGCACCGCAGAGUGAAGCUGGGAGCCGGAAGAUGACGUCAUAUUCCGGCUCCCAGCCUCACUCUGCAGCCGGCGCGCGAGGGAGCUGAGCAGUCAGCUCAGGGAAGUGCUCCCUCGCCAGCCACCCGCCUGCCAGCGCCGCCCGCUCGACCUGCAGCCACUGGACCACCGGACCACCAGGGAGAGAGCCCCAGCACUCCCAAAGGUAAGGAGGUUGGGGGGGGGGAUUUAAAUUAAAAAAAAAAGUUAAUGUGUGUGUGUGUCUGACUGUGUGUGUGUGCCUGACUCUGUGUGUGUGUGUGUGUGUGUCUGACUGUGUUUCUGUAUGUGUUUGUGUCUGACUGUAUGUGUGUGUGUGUGUGUGUGUGUGUGUGUGUGUGUAUGUGUGUGUCUGUGUAUGUGUCUGACUGUGUGUGUGUGUGUGUGCGUAGUUUGUGUCUGACUGUGUGUGUAUGUGUUUGUGUUCCGGUGUAUGUGUCUGACUCGUGUGUGUGUGUGUUUGUAAGUCUUGACUGUGUGUGUAUGUGUCUGUGUAUGUGUCUGACCUGUGCGUGUAUUCCGUGUUCGACUGUGCGUGUGUGUGUGUGUCUGACUGUGUGUUUGUGAGUCUGUGUGUGUGUUUGUGUCUGACUGUGUGUCUGACUGUGUGUCUGACUGUGUGUCUGACUGUGUGUCUGACUGUGUGUCUGACUGUGUGUGUUUGUGUCUGACUGUGUGUGUGUGUUUGUGUCUGACUGUGUUUGUGUCUGUGUAUGUGUCUGACUGUGUGUGUGUGUGUGUCUGACUGUGUAUGUGUUUGUCUGACUGUGUGUGUGUGUGUGUUUGUGUCUGACUGUGUGUGUGUGUGUAUUUAGAAGGUGGGGCGGGGGGAAGGGUUGGGUGGGGGUGACGCGGGGGGAGGGGGGCGCCUGAGUUUUGUCCUGCCUAGGGCAGCACAAAACCAGGAUACACCACUGUAGACAGGUGUUGUGUUUUAGGCUUCAUGCUGUGUGAAUUUAAAUGGGGACAAAAGAGUUGCAAAUUUUGGGCAGAAAUACCACAAACGGUAAACAUUUUCCAUAUUUGUUAUAUUACCAGCUUGCUUGGUUUGGGCUACAAUUUUCAAUUCCCCUUUCAAUGUUCUCCAAUUCUACGCUUGGGGUUAGCCUUCUUAGAUAAUUUUUUUUUAAAUUCUUUAUUUGUAGGUUUUUCUCCUUGAAAGUAGGAGGGAGGGGAGUGGGGUACAGAAAAUAAAAGGAGGGGUGGGUGGGGGUGGUUCAAGACAUAAUAGUACUUUCAAAUUUAAUGUCGGUACCAACGCAGGGUACUGUUGCAUAUUGAAACUAGCUUACAUUCGUAUCGACAUUGUAUCGUCAUUGAACGCUUGUUUAAGUUCUCUGCCGUUUCUGCGUUCUUAAGGGAUGGGUUUUGUCGCUCGUCGACUCUUUGAGUCCUGUCUCGGUAUGUGUGGGUGCAGCCUUGUCCGAGUCGAGGAGUGGUUUAGGGUAAGGGUUGUGGGAUAGGGCGGUGUGGGUAUGGGGGGAAGGAUUCGCGGUCCGCGAGCCACCCCGCGCGCGGGCCCCUCUUGGGGGUCCUAGGUUGGUGUUUGGGGCUAUGUGGUUGGGUGAGGGUUGUACUUGUUUGAAGGUGUGUGAUAUCCUCGAUUGGGGGGUCCCUGUGCUAGGGGGGCGGUUAGUGUCCUAUCGUGUUACCACGGAAUGGUCGUGUCUCCCUCCAGCCAUGGGUCCCAUAUUUUGUGGAACUUUUUGGGCGAGUCAUUUAAUUGUGCUGUGAGCCUAUCCAUUUGCAUGCCAUCUAUUAUUUUCUUGUUGAUUGUUUCUUGUGUCGGUAUGCGGUUUGUUGACCAAACUUCUGCUAUGGCUCUACGUGUUGCAAGGGCUAUGCGGGCGGAUAGCUUAUUUUCAGCUCUAGUGUAUUGGUCUAUUGGCUUGGAGAGUAGGAGCAUCCAAGGGUCUAAGGGACAAGGUUUGUCUAUUAGUUUGGAGAUUAGGCGUGUGGUGUCUUGCCAAAGUGGUUGGAGUUUUGGGCACGUCCACCAACAGUGGAGGAACGUUCCCGUUUCUCCGCAUUGUUUCCAGCAGGUAUUGGCUGGUAUUUGGUGCAUGAUGGCUAGGCGUUGGGGGGUGAGGUACCAGCGGAAUAGCAUUUUGUAGGCUUGCUCAGUGUGCGUGACACAUAUGGAGAUGGAGGCCGUGGCUUCCCAGAUGUCUGACCAAUCUGUUGUUUCAUCUGGGGGUCCGAGGUCUGCCUCCCAUGCUGCUAUGUAUGGGAGAGACUGUUGUGUGUGGUGGGUCGCCAAGGUUGCAUAUAUGUCGGAGAUUUGUCCCUGUCUGUUGGGGUGCGUAAUGCAGUCUCUUUCAAAUCGAUUGAGUUGAGCCGUGCCUGCUUGCUUUAUGAUUGGAGUCGCUGCAAAGCUGCGCAAUUGUAUGAAUCUAAAGUGAUCGAAUGAUGUGAGUGAGGGUGAGUCUUUGAUAUCUGAAAAUUUUAUAAUGUCGUCGUCUUGGUAUAAAUGCCCUAGACGGGAGAUGUCCCUGUGUUCAAAGUGGGCGAAGUGCUUGGGGGUAAGUCCUGGUGGGAACAGCUUGUUCCUCCAUAUGGGGGUCAUAGGAGAUAGGAACGAUGACAGUUCAAAUUUGUCCCUCGUUUUGUCCCAUGUGUCAAGUGCAUGGGUGAUUGAGGGUGCGGUGGGAGGGGGUAGGGGUCUAUGUGGUUUGGGUACCCACAUGUACAGGGACGGGUGGUCCCGACCGAAGAUGUUGUGUUCCAAGUCCACCCAUCUUUUUUCCCCUGGUGGAACGUGCCAUUGUUGUAUCUGCGUUAGGUGUGCUGCCGUGUGGUAGUGUGUGAAGUGUGGUAGUCCCAGUCCCCCAUGCUUCUUGGGUACGUAUAGUGUGUUUCGGCGCACUCUGGGUUUGUGUCCAUUCCAUAUAAAUGUGUCUAUAGCUGACUGCAGUGCCUUGAAGUCUUGUUUAUUGAUCGGUAUGGGUAGGGUUUGGUAGAGGUAUAGGAAUCUGGGAAGUAGAUUCAUUUUAAUUGUGGCGAUGCGCCCCAGCCACGAGACUCCUAAGGGUCUCCAUUUGAUGAGGUCUGAGUGGGCCUUUCGUAGCAGGGGAGUGUAGUUUGUUUCGUAUAGGGUGGUGACGUCUGAUGGGAGAUGGAUCCCGAGGUAUGUCAUCGUUGUGUGGCAGAUCCUCAUUGGGCAUGUUUGUUUGAUUAUGGCUAAGCUUGGGGGGUCUAUUUGUAUCGGGAGGAGUUCCGAUUUAGUCAGGUUGAUCUUGUACCCCGACAAGUCGGAGUAUUCUUGGAUGAUGUUUAGGAGGGAGUUUAUGGAUCUUUCUGGUCUUGUUAGGGUUAGCAGGAUGUCAUCUGCAUAAGCAGAAAUUUUGAAGGUUUCCCCUCUAAUCGUUAACCCCUCUAUCUCCUGGCUGCUGCGCACCGCUUGUAGUAAAGGUUCCAGUGAAAUGGCAAAAAGCAGGGGGGACAAAGGACAUCCCUGUCUCGUGCCGUUUGAGAUGGGGAAUCGUGGUGGGGGGAUGUUGGGUAGUAGGAGUGCGCCCUGGGGGGCGUGAUAAAUGGCUUGUAGGAAUGAGGUGAAUUCGGAUGGCAUCCCUAUGUGUGUUAGUGUGUGAUGAAGGAACGGCCAGAGCAGGCGAUCAAACGCUUUUUCCGCGUCUAGAGAGAUGAUCGCCGUCGGGAUCUUUCUAUGGUUGGCCAGCCAGAUGAGGUCUAUGGCUCUCCGGGUGUUGUCUGCUGCCUGUCUGUGUGGUAUGAAUCCCACUUGAUCUGGAUGUAUGAGGGACUGUAGAUAUGGGUUUAGUCGGUUAGCCAUAAUUUUGGUCAUGAUUUUAAGGUCCACAUUGAGGAGGGAGAUUGGCCUGUAGUGUGCGGGUUCCGUGUGGUCUUUUCCCGGUUUGGGGAGGAGGCAGAUGUUCGCCCCAGUCAUUUCUGGUGGGAGGUUCUCCCCCUUGAGUGCUGCGUUAAAGACCUUGCAUAGGUGCGUGAGGAGCAGUGGGCCAAACUCCUUAUAGUAUAGGGCUGUGUAACCAUCCGGCCCUGGGCUUUUGUUUGGUUUGAGGGGUCCCACUGCCAACGCCAUUUCUUCUAUCGUGACCUCUUGGCUUAGUGUCGCUUGGGCUUCUUGGGUGAGGGUGGGCAGUGUUGCGUCUUUUAGAAAUGUUUCUAUGCGUGCGGGCAAUGUUGGCCUGGUGUCUUGGGGUCGGUGGUCAUGGUUAUAAAGGUCUGUGUAAUAGUCCUGGAAGAUUUUGCCUAUGCUAUCUGGACAGUCAGUCAUAGUGCCAGUGUUUGUGCGUAUUAAUGUAAUUCGUUUGGCCUCGGUGCGUUUUUUGAGUCUGCGUGCGAGCAUGGUGUCGGCUUUGUUUCCCUUUUCGUAAUAUUUUUGUUUAAGCCACAUCAGAGCUUUGGUUGUGUCUGCUUGGGUGAGGGUUUUAAGGAGGUUUCUAGCUGUGGUAAGGUUGGCCAGGGUGGUCGGGUUGGGAUCCUUUUUGUGAUCUGUCUCUAGACGACGGAGUUCCGUCAUUGUCUCAAGUAUUUGUCGUUGAGCCUGUUUUUUUUUUGUGAGAGGCUAGGUUGAUGAAUGUGCCUCUGAUUACUGCUUUAUGAGCAGCCCAUAGGGUCAUGGGAGAGGUGGUUGUGGGCGAGUUUAGUUCAAAGUAGUCUUUGAUUGCCGUGGUUAUCUUGUCUUUGAUCAGUUUAUCGUGAAGGAGUAUUGGGUUCAGUCGCCAUGACCAAUGUGUGUGAAUGGUUGGUAGGUGUAGAGUGAUUGCUAUUUCGGCAUGAUCGGACCAAGAGAUUGGUCCGAUCUCUGACUUGGUGAUUUGGGGUACCAAGUUUGGGGAGAUGAGGAAAUGGUCGAUGCGCGAGUAAGUUCCGUGUGGGUGGGAGUAGAAGGUGUAAUCUUUGGUGGUAGGGUGUUGUGCCCUCCAGAUGUCUACCAGUUUUUGUGAGGCUAGAAAUUGGGCGAAGAGGAUAUCAUUUUGGUAUGGGCGCGUUCGCGUGGACGUGAGUGAAGUCCUGUCUAUGGCAGGGGUGUGGGCUGCAUUACAGUCCCCACCCACUAUGAGUCGUGUGGUUGAGUAAAUGUUGAGGUGGGUUGUUAGCUGUUGCCAGAAGGAAGUAUCUGGUGUUGUGGGUGCGUAUAUCGAGGAGAAGGCGUAUUGUAUUGUGCCUAUUUUUCCCUUUAUGGUGACAUAUCUGCCCUGUGGGUCUUUAGAGCAGGUAAUGUCUGUGAGGGCUAUUUGCUCUCAGGAGGAUAGCUACGCCUUUAGUUUUGGUGGCUGGGGAAGGAGCAUGAAAGCUUUGUGUGUAGUAUCUAUUUGUGAGUGGGAAUGUGCGAUGGGUUGUGAAGUGGGUUUCUUGUAUGAGGAGUACGUCGGCUUGUUGUUUGUGUGCCCAGCGGAGGAUGCUGUGUCUUUUGUUGGGGGAGUUAAGUCCUUUGGCGUUGAUAGAGAUGCAGCGUAUGGACGUUGGCAUGGUGCCUGUGACGGUGUGGUGUUCCGUUCGGGUGCGCGGUGUUGGGAUAGCAGGGGUUGCGCGUCUGAGUGGCCGCGGACCACGAGGGGGGGAGGUUGGGUAAGGGGAGUAGGGAAGCGGGAGGUUAUUUGGGGGUGAGGGGGGGAGGUGUGCUGCUGGGCUUAUCCAAGGGCCAGCAGGUAUUGGGGCGAAGCGUCCGACCGCUCCGUGGGUUUUCCCUGAGAGUUUGGGUGGAUUUGUGUCAGGGGUUGGCGACUGUCCAGUCUGAGUCGUCCUAAGGCAGUUUUCAGUGGGUAUCCGAGUUUCUACGCCUGCUAUGGGUGGUCAUCGUCUUGUUGUUGAUGUUUCUGUGGGAUAUGUUCGUUAUGUAUUGUGUCGUGUGGUGGUAAGGUCGUACCUUGUGGUCUCGUGAGUCAGUAGUCUGGCUGUCUGGUAGGUCCCCAUGCAGUUUAGUGGUGAGGGAGGUUUCGUCAUCGUCCGGUCUUGAGUUGUCGGUAGGGCGCUGUUUGCCGAGUGUGACUUCUGUGAGCCUAUGUAACUGGGUGUAUCCUGUAGCUGAAAACCAAACAUCAUCAUUUGUACAUUUUGUAACAUAUUAGUUGAACUUCAACCUGAACCUAGUCACAUUUAUACCUUCAACUGUGGGGUCUUCUCUUUGGGGGUUCUUGGGCCUUCGUUUAGAGUGUCCCUCUGUGGUGCUUUGAGUGGUUCCCUGGGUAGAGGGCCUACAGGGGGGAUAGUAGUUUGUCUUAGUGGAGCUAUAGUCCCCCGGCGCCUUCUAGGCCCAACCUGUCUGUUAGUAGGAUGUGCGGUGUUCCCAUCCCUAAACUGGCCUGUCAGUGUUAUCGAGGAGCCCCCUGCAUGCGUUGUUCCCCAGGGGGGGCGUGCGCAGCAUUACACUUGUCCGGGCCCGUUCAUUUCCUAGGGUAUGCUGUUUGUACAAUGUCCCAGUGUGGCCAGUGGGAAUGUCAUCUGACCUGUGGGCUAGGGGUGGGAGCUUGACUACUCGACCCUGGCGCAGGUGGUUCAGGGGCUCUAUGAGGGCCAGGUGUCUUAUUGUAGGGUCAGGUGGGUGAGCGCGUGGCUCGGGGGGUCCCCAGUAGGUCUUGGUUAUGUCCCUGGACCUUGUCCGUGGUUGGGUGGGCUCCACACUUAUUGCCUGGGGCUGGGGGGGUAUGUCGGUUGUAACUUAGGUCAGGCCUGUCCCCUUGUUAUUAGCCAUGGUAGCUAGGUUUGGGGUGGUCCUUGGGGUUUGCAGUGCGGUGCCAUCCCCCGUGUGUAGUAGCUUACACCGAAUGGUGUACUAGUACCCGCCGUCUGUAUUAUGUGCUCUAUCAUGUCAAGCUAGGAGUGUUAAACAGCUAAGCAUAGUACAUAUAUAUAUAUACAUAAAUAUAAAUAUAAAUAUAACAUUUAAGUUAAGGAAGUGGUGCGUUAAGCAGAUCUUAUCUGGAGUUUGGUGUCAUCAGCGGUUGUAUCAGUAGUAAGUCCAGCAUUAGGAUGUGGAGAGGUCUGUGGUCGUUGGUACCAGUUGUAGUCGGAUCGAUGAGUCUGGGGGAGUAGUGAGCUGCUGCAUGGGUAGUCAGAGUUCUUUUUGUGGGCAGUCCGUAUUGGGUCUUUCGUCGACCUUCUGUUGGCUUGUAGGGUGGUGGGUGGUCAUCUUGUCGUUCAGUUUUCGGCCCUGGGGCGCGGGCUAUUGGGUAUCUGGCGUGCCCCGGUAGGCGGUGGUGCAUUCCUGGGUGGAGGACCUCUUUCGCUUCUUCUGGGAUUUGGGUCAGCGGUGAGGGUUGUAGGGUCAAGGCCGAGGCUCUCAGCGAAGUCGUGCAUUUCAGCUGUGUUGUGUAAGAUGUAAGUACGGUUGUUCUUCCUUACUUGCAGCUUGAAUGGGUGCCCCCAUGAGUAGCGGAUGUGUUGCCUUGCGAGUUCUUGGGUGAGGGGCCGUAGUUCCCUUCUCUUUCUUAAGGUGCUCGGGGCUAGGUCUUGGUAGAAGGAGACUUGGUGUCCUUCUAGUUGUAGUGGUGUGUUUCGGGCUGCUUGCAUGAGUGCUUCCUUGAUAUGGAAGUAGUGCACUCUGAUAAUGACGUCCCUGGGUUGGGUGGCAUUGGGCAGGGGUGUUCGCAGGGCCCUGUGUGCUCUGUCCAGCAGGAGUUCCGCCGGUGAGGCUUCUGGGAGUAGGCCGCAAAAGAGCUCCCGCAGUGUUGGGCCUAGCGUAUCCAUGUCGACCGUUUCAGGCACCCCGCGUAUCCUAAUAUUAUUGCGGCGUGACCGAUUGUUAAGGUCCUCCUGAGCCUCUUCCAGUUGGCGGACCUGGUCUUGGAGAGAGGCUAUGGCGUUUUCAUUUACCGUGGUGCGUGUGGUUGUACGGUCAAGCUGUUCCUCUAUGGCCGUGGUUCUGUGUGUCAGAUCAAUUAGGCCCUCUUUGAUGGGUGUGAGGUGUUUGUCGAAUUCCACCUUCAUAUUAGCUUUAAUUUCUUGUAGUAGGUGGUGGAGGUCGUCUUUUGUUAGUGGGGUAGAGGUGGUCGCUCGGCUUGUGUCGCUGGCUGCUGAGUCUGAAUCAUAGCCGCGGCCAUCUUCUGAGCGCAUGGCGCCGCCAUCUUUGCGGCUCCGAAAAAUCGGCGCUACCUCCGCGCCUUGCUUUGAUUUUCGUCCGCCUCCCAUUGUAGUUCAGGUGAGUACCGUGGGGAGCAGCUGGGGUGACCAAGUGGGGGUGGAUUGAGCGGUUGCGGGCGCUGUUGUUAGCCGGCUCUGUGCCUCUGUGGACGGAGCUCCCUCAGAAAGCCGCCAUUCGCGCCGGAAGUCAGGCGCCGCCCCCGAUAAUUUGUUUCCUAACAAGACAUUUUUAUUUAGAACCAAGUCCCACAUUUUGCAAUGAUCUUUUUUUAAUGCCUUUUUGUAACAGCAAUGCCAUUUUAGUAGAUUGCUGUAAUAAUAAUCGUGUAAUAGCAAAAUCUAUUCAUUUUAAGUACUUAUAUUGAAUUCCCAUAUACCAGCAUUCAUUUUCGGCUUAUACUUGGUGAUAAUGUAAUGAUUAUAUCAAGCAACCGCAAGAUUACAAGACGCAUCUGAAGUCUUGACUUAACAAGAAAUUUUAAAAAUCCACAUGAAAUAUUUUUUGUUUUAAAGGGAGACUAUAGUCAUCUGAACAACUUUAGCUUAAUGAAGCAGUUUUGGUGUAUAGAACAUGCCCCUGGAGCCUCACUGCUCAAUCCUCUGCCAUUUAGGAGUUAAAUCCCUUUGUUUAUGAACCCUAGUCACACCUCUCUGCAUGUGACUUGCACAGCCUUCCAUAAACACUUCCUGUAAAGAGAGCCCUAUUUAGGCUUUCUUUAUUGCAAGUUCUGUUUAAUUAAGAUUUUCUUAUUCCCUGCUAUGUUAGUAGCUUGCUAGACCCUGCAAGAGCUUCCUGUAUGUGAUUAAGUUCAAUUUAGAGAUUGAGAUACAAUUAUUUAAGGUAAAUUACAUCUGUUUGAAAGUGAAACCAGUUUUUUUUUCAUGCAGGCUCUGUCAAUCAUAGCCAGGGGAGGUGUGGCUAGGGCUGCUUAAACAGAAACAAAGUGAUUUAACUCCUAAAUGACAGUGAAUUGAGCAGUGAAAUUGCAGGGGAAUGAUCUAUACACUAAAACUGCUAUAUUUAGCUACAGUAAUUUAGGGGACUAUAAAGUUCCUUUAAAGGAAACGUGAAACUAGGGACUGUGGGAGGUAAUUGGCAAAGGAAUUGUGGAUUUCACAGCAAAUGAUAUAAACGGGAAAUAUUCUCCCAGUUCUUUUAUUGUACGUGACAUUGCAAUCCUCCUGUCACUUGUCUCCCAAUUCCUGGUUUAAUAAUUAACGGCACAGACUUUUAUACUUGUGCCACAUUUGAUAGGAUCUGAAAUAAGAAUGAGAUAGAAUGCACAUAUUUUAUGUAAAUUAUUCUACCAUAUUUUCUUUAAUGGAGACCUCCCUGCAGCUGUAAGUCAAUAUUCCUGAUCAAAUAUGUCACAGGAGGAAGACAUGUUUCUCCUGCUCACACAAAUAUUUCUAAGGAAUGUGUUCAAAGGGUCAAUAUCAACUGUGACAGCUUUUCUCAUAGAUUUUCAUGAAGGAGUCUGCGCUGUAAAUAUCUGCACUUCUGCCCACCUCUCCCUCUAUUUAUAAGAUAAGAAAGGAGCUUGCGGUAUGGAAGCUGGGCUAAUACAUUUAUAAGUUUGUACAUUAGUUUUAUUAAUAUGUUUGCAUGAAUGAAGCUGAUUCUGAGAGCUGAACUACAAAUCCCACAAUUCUUUGCUAAGUAGGAGUUGAAGGAAUGUGGUCAGAUCUCCUAUAGGAAAUAUUAAGUGUUGUAGGAUUGGUUGAAACAUUUUUCUGCCUAUCAUUGGAAAAAAAAGAGUUGUCAGCUGUCACAGAUAAUAUUUAAUGCAUGCAAUUUAACAUUCUUUAAUUCAAAUAGCUAUCAGCACCAUAGACAGAGGUCAAGUAACCCACCUUUAACCCCUUAAGGACCACUACUCCUAGGCGGCAGCAAUGACUACAGUACACAUCAACAAUGAAUAUAGUACAUAUGAGUAUAAAUAAACAUACUGUAAAAAAUGUGUUUCCUAGGAUGAAGCAGCAAUUUCCUACAUGUUACUCUGAGAUCUUGACAUCUCGACACGGCUUCCUGUGUUCUUGGUCUAAAUUAUCUGUCAUUUAAUAUUAAGCACAGUUUGAGAUGUCUAUUCAGUGCCAUUAAUAACUCAGACAUUCCCUCUCGUACCAUAGGGUGUCUGACAGAAUGGGACGGGAUUAACUGCUGGAAUGCUGCCUCUCUCGGAGAGAUAGUGACAAUGUCUUGUCCAGAUAGUCUGCAAAUGUUCCUGAAGUCUGAAGGUAUGUUGGACAGAGGGUGGAAGUUUAACAGUAACUGGGUCAUAUAGGGAUCUGUCCUGUAAUUUACAGAAUUGUUUCCACACUGGCAGAAAAAAACACUUCCAGCUGUUCUAAUCGUAUUUGUACAAUUCACUGAUAGAUACAGUUGUGUGUGUAUAUAGUGAAUUCAGUGUGUGUGUAUAGUAAAUUCAGUGUGUGUCUUUAUAGUGAAUGCAGUGUGUGUAGUGUAUGCAGUGUGUGUAUAUAGUGAAUGCAGUGUGUGUUUGUAUAGUGAAUGCAGUGUGUGUACAGUGAAUGCAUGUAAGCUGGUUACACUCACGUGUCUGUUAGUCCACCCAUUGUACAGCGCUACGGAAUUUGUUGGCGCUUUAUAAAUAAUAAAAUAAUAAUAAUGCAGUGUGUGUCUAUAUAGUGAAUGCAGUGUGUGUGUGUGUUUGUGGGCUGAGAUGGGGGCUUUGUUGUGGGAAGAUAAGAGCAGCGGUUUAUCAAUUUUUAUUUAAUUUUUUUGCUGGUGAUGUGGUGGUACUUGGAGGCCCCUGGUUGCUCCUGACUCUGGAUGUCCAGACUCGUUUUGUAAGCCCAAUGUCAGAGAGAACCCAGCGGAGGAACAGACAGAGAGCCACCCAGGGUCCAUCUCCUUCUGUGAUAGUAUGCAGUGGCAUGGGGGGUGAGCUUUUAUUACGCUGUUUGUGUAUAUAUAUAUAGUGAGCGAGAGACACAAGGAGAGAUUUGUCAUACAUUGCCCAGGUACCUUACAGGUGUAUUACCUGUACCCGCCCGUGAUGGUGGUCCUGCCUACAAGGACUUUAGGGGUCAGACCCGACCACCCAACCAAAGAGGAACCUAUUACUGCCCUGCCUAAUCCUCUGUUAUAUCCCCUAUUACCCAAUCUACUUUACUGUGCCUGGAGGUCUGGGGAGGAUUUUACUGUUACAAACCCAAGUUUUAUUACAUAAUUUCCCCCGCUCUCUUCAUUAUCUGGCUAUUUAUCCCAACAACAUAGUUUGAAAAACAACAUCAAAUUUAGCUUUGAUUGCAGCAUAGUUAAUUUAGCUUACGGUAGUUUAAUUGCAAUUUAGUUUUCAGUUCCCCACAAUUCCCUGUUUAGCAUAAUAAACACUAAUCAACUCACCUGUGCUAAAGCAGGGGUAUAAUGGAAUUCUGGCAUCUUGAUGAGGACAGCAGUUAAGUUGUAGGAACUCUGUUCUAGUUACCAAAUAAUAGUUACUAUCUGAUACACAUAUUUCCCUUGAGAAGUACAUUUUAUAAUACACAUAAUGACAUAGAGGUAUAAACCACUCCAAUCGCACCAUUUGAUUUGUGAAAAACCACUCAUCUGCCCAUCAGUCCGAGUAACAGAGGCACUUGGGUGUAGUAGCAAAAAGGGCAUUAUGUAAUUAGGUAACACUUAGCUCUAUGAUUGAUGCCCUUGAAAUGCCAAUCAUACAUAAGUAGUUAUUUAAUCCAAAGGAGAGGAUGAGACGUGAGAUUGGGUCUAUGUGAAAAAUGUGUGAAUUAUCUUUUUACAUAUUGGUCUUUCUGCAGUCCAUGAUGAUGUUGUUGUCAUUUUUUCCUUCGCUAAGUUGGGAAAACCAUUUAUCCUGUUGCUAUCAAAUGGACAAGAGCUUUUACUGUAGAAAAUUAUUUGUGAGAAAAGUAACAGAUGGUUAAAAACACGUUUUCACAUUGGAAGCACACGGACCUUACAAAAUCUGCUUAAUGGAAUACAGAACACGUAAACGAAAAAUCGAAGAUCCCAAAGAUUGGAGUUUUUGCCUGCAAGAUCCUCAAUUACACAGAAAAGGCUAUUAGUGCCCAACAGAGAAACCACUAUGUAACUUAUUAAGACACAGUGUUAUCACUGAUACACACAAGCUGUCAAACAGGUCAAUUCAAUAGUAAUAGACCAAAAACAGCAGACUAGGAGGGUUAAGAGUGUCAAACAAUCAGUAUUAAUAGCCACUAGAAACAAAAUGGAGAGAUUAUAGAGGAGCAGUUAAUUAUUUAAUUUAUUUUGCUUUAAUUAAUAUUGUUUUUACCUGUGACCAGGGAGGGGAGACACUACAUUCUCUAGUGUUUGGUGGUACUUGGAGGCUUCUCCUUGCUCCUGCUGGGUGUCCAAACUCUUCUUGUGAGCCCACGGAAAUGCUUUGACGGCCAGGGCUCGUGCGAGAGGACCCAGCCGAGGAGCAGACUGAGAGCUCUCCUUCUGUGAAAGUAUGCAAUGGCACAGGCAAGGCCAUCUUUGACCUCUUUCCCCGCAUCUUUCUUUCUUUCUUUCUCUCUCUCUCUGUCUAUCUAUCUAUAUAUAUAUAUAUAUAUACCCGGGUCUCUUAUAUGUGUAUUACCUGUAAACCCCCCUAAGGUGGCCCUGCAAACAAGCAUUUUAGAUGUUUGACUUAAACAGCCAACCAAAGAGGCAAAACUUGGCAGACGGACUUAUUGCUGCCCUGCCUAAUCCUCUUUUAUAGCCCCUAUUAGUCAAUCUGCUAUACUGUGCCUGGGGAGAAUAUUACUAUUACAAACCCCAGUUUAGUUAUACCAUUUGGGAGCUCACAGCAUUGUUCAGUUAUUGUGAGUCUGUAUAAAUUUUCUUCUGAGUUUUAUCAGCACUUCAGUAAAGAAGGAUGUAAUGCUGGGCAGACAUUUUUUAACGACUCUCUUUUUAUUCAAAGAAUACGGAGUGCCCGAGGCGGACGAUUUAAGGUGACAUUUAAGCUCUUCAGCUCUUCAUGAGAGCAAGUACAAUUGUAUGUGAUUGAUUGACUAUAAGUAAUUGGUUCAUUUAUCAAAGGCCAAAUUGUCUAUUUCAUCCCGUGUUUUCAUUUGCGUCAUGUAUAAGAAGAAUUGGCUUAAAAUAUUCCGUUUUUAAAAAGCCUCGAGCGAAUCCAUUGAUUUCCUGCCACUAAGCAUCUUGCAGAUGAGUAUUACAUUAGGUAUCACAGUAUACACUGUGUAACAAAGCAAAUGUAUUCUGAAUAUCAUAUUCAUAUAUUUAAAUUUUAUUACAUCAAAAGAGAAAAUGUGGAGAACAGUAUUAUGGUGUCAGCCAAUCAGGAAUGCCAUUUUUUAACCCCUUAAGGACCAAACUUCUGGAAUGAAAGGGAAUCAUGACAUGUCACACGUGUCAUGUGUCCUUAAGGGGUUAAACAUUAAUAUUAACAUUGUAAAAUGAUUCACAUAUAUUGAUUUGUCCAUUUUAAAAAACAAACAUAGUUUACCAUAUAUCAUUAAAGCGGUACUGGCAUCCCCCACAACCCCUAAAAAAUCUAUAGUCUUUAUGAAAUACUUAUAUUGACUGUGUUGGCAUUUCCCUGAAAUUCUAACCCAGUCAAGAGAUAUACUAAGUUAAAAUAGGGACUAUUUUGUCUCUGUAUAUUUCCUAUGUUUGACACUUCUAGACACUGGGCAGUACUACCGCCAUCUAAAAGUGCCAAUCCCCCAGCCAUGACCAGUGACUGCUGCAGGGAAUUGGCUUUAUCUAUGGAGGGUUCUGCAAUCUUGCGGGAUCCUCCAAUGACCUCAAUGCUGUACUCAGGGCCGGCGCUACCUGUAAGGCGGACUAGGUAGCCACCUAGGGCGCCCCUUGGGAAGGGGCGCCGCCAGGAGCGCCGGCCCCCCCAUGCUGCAGCCGCCCGAGCGCUCUGUAAAGAGCCUCAGGCGGCUGCAGCUUUGCCCGAGCGGUGCGUCCAUGAGGGCGGACCGCACCGCCCGGGCGCAGCCUGAGGAGAGGCUGACAGGAGGGAAGCGCUCAGCGCUCCCUCCUGUCAGCUCCCUCACUGUAGCGUGGCCGAGCCCAGUAUGGCAUGGUCCGACCGGUACAGAGAGCAGCUGUCUCCUGUACCCGGCCGGACUAACAGGAAGUGAACACUGAGUGUUCACUUCCUGUUACUCCGGCCGGGUACAGGAAACAACAGCUCCCUGUACCCGCGGACUAGACUAGGCUCGGCCACGCUACUACACAGGUAGGGGGGAGGGGAGAAGAAAGAGGGAGGGAGGGGGGAGAAGGAAACAAGGAGAGAGGGAGGGAGGGGAAAGAAACAGGGAGGGAGGGGGGAAGAAAGAAACAGGAGGGGGGGGAGAAGGAAACAGGAGGAGGGGGAAGAAAACAGGGAGGGAGGGAGGGGGGGGAAAAGGAGGGAGAGGGAAAAGGGAGGGGAGGGAGGAGAAGGAAACAGGGGAGGAGGGAGGGGGGGGGAGAAGGAAACAGAGGGAAGGAGGGGGGGAAGAAAGAAACAGGGAGGGGAAGAAAGAACGGGAGGGGUGGGGGAAGAAAGAAACGGGAGGGAGGGGGGGAAGAAAGAAACUGACGGAAAGAAAGAAACAGGAGGGAGGUGGGGGAAAGAAACCAACAGGGAGGUGGGGGAAGAAACCAAAUGGGGGAACUAACAGGGAGGGGGGAGACAUUGACAGGGAGGGGAAUUGACGGGAGAGAGAAAUUGACAGGGAGGGGAGUGACAGGGGAGGGAGGGGGAAUGAGAGUAACAAGGGAGGGGGAGAAGAGAGUGACAAGGGAGGGGGAGAGAUUGACAUCCAUCACACACACACACACACACACACACACAAUCACACACAAUGCACCCCUUACACACAAAGACAAUGAACCCCUUGCACACAGAAAAACACACAAUGCAUUACACACACAAUGCAUUACACACACACACGCAAUGCAACCCUUACACACAAUGCAUCCCUUACACACACAUAAACACACAAUGCAUUCCUUACACACACUCAAAGCACCCCUUACAGACUCACACACUUCAUCCCUUACAUACACAGAAACACACCUUGCAGCCCUUACACAUACAAACACAGAUUCACACAAUGCUUUCCUUACACACAAAUCAGGACAUCCCCUACACACUCCACCCCCUGUGAACAAACUCAUUGGUGGAACAUGAAGGUGGACCCUGGGACCCAGACCUUGAGCUGUGUAAAGGGCCCCCAAAAAAUGGAGCUGCUUCUCGUUCUCCCAGAACAUUGAUUUUUGUGACCACAGUUACAAACAGCCUCCAGAGAUCCUGUUAUACACCAGACCAGUGGAGCCAGACUGCAGCUAGAGCCAGCCCAUCAUCAUCCUCAUCUGGUUGUAAGUAGGUAAUCUAGUAUAUUAUUCGUGGCACUAAUCUCUAAUUUACCUCACAUUAAAGAAACACUAUAGUCCCCAGAACCACUGCAGCUUAAUGUAGUAGUCCUGGUGUCUAUAGCCUGUCCCUGCAGGCCUUUUAAUGUAAACACAGCGGCACUGCAGCACUAGCGUUAGUUAACAUGGCAGGUCAUAUGGGUGGGGCAUUGUGAUGUCACGCGGCAAACUUUACUUUUGCCUAGGGCGGCAAAAAUCCUUGCACCGGCCCUGGCUGUACUCAUGCCCUGAAGCAGCUGAAGAGGACCUGCUGGGACAAGAUGGUGGCACCCAUGAAAGACCGGUUUGGAUAAGUAGAAAUCACUUUUGCCUGCCCCACCCGAUGGGCCCUAUAUCUUCAGGGGCCAUCAACUCCAACAACUCCCAUCAUGCUGUUCCAGCCACAUGCGGUCAGAGACUACCACGCCAAUUGGUCCAAGUUCUCCCUGCUCCAAACAACUCCCAUCACGCUUUUCCAGCCACAUGCGGUCAGAGACUCCCACGAUGAUCAGACCAAGUUCUCCCUGCUCCAACAACUCCCAUCACGCUGUUCCAGCCACAUGCGGUCAGAGACUCCCACGCUGAUCGGACCAAGUUCUCCAUGCUCCAACAACUCCCAUCACGCUGUUCCAGCCACACGCAGUCAGAGACUACUCACCUCCUCCCCAGAACUGUCUGUUCGUUCCUGCCAGCGCUAUGAGACCCCUUACCGGCUUCCCAGGCCAUUUCCUGGACCAAACCUCCAUGUCCAUAGCUGACCUCUCAACUCACCGCAAGUUUCCGGGUGAAGUCGUUUGUUUCCUGUACCAGUCAAAUCCACAAACCGUGAGUCUGCCUGUACGGGCCAAAUCCACGAACACACAAUUGUUCACACGUUUACGUUCUUACAUACCGUCCAUUCUGGACUUUUUCCCUUUCAGGACUUAAGUCAGUUCACCUACUCCUGCAUGCUCUUUGUUCCAUUCCUAUUCGCUAGUUUCUUUUCGUCAAAUUUCUAUUGAACUAGUCUCCAGUCUAUCUCAGUUACAUGCUUCCAUCUAGCGGCCACCACAAUCAUAGUACCAAUUCGUUAGUUUUACACUGUUUCCUGAUACAUGACAUGUCCAGGUUCUUUUUUGAAAGUAUUUAGCCUGCUACUAGUUAUCCUUACAUGCCCCCUGUAGUUCGGUUAUUUUUGCUAUGUUUCUUGUUAUUAUUUACGAUUGUGCACGGAUAUUGUCAGUUUCCCAUUACUAAUUCAGCUCUGGUAAGCGUUUAAUAUUCACUACGUAUAUUGCAUUACCAUCAUAUAUCGCAUAUGUCUUAUUUUAUCACUCAUGGACUUGGUACUGUUCUGAGGCAGUCAUCACGUUCACAUUUGUUACCAUGUGUUAUGGCCAAUCUGUAUACUUGCUCCCAUGAUAGGUAUAUUACUUAUUUGGCGGACGACCACCUAUUCUCUAAACCUUUUUUGUAACACGCCACACUCAUAUGUUCAGUAUAUGUAUCGUCAUGUUCCCUGGGACAAACCCUAGUGUACCAGGUUUUACUAUACCAUCAUAUGUUCCCCCUGACUCUACGUCAAAAUAAUCACGUAUUAUGCAAAAGGUUAUUUACUCAUCGCUGCUAUAUUCUACUCAAGCAAGUUCAUCAUCCUAACCGACCCUUGCUAUUCAGGCAUAGUAUCACCAAACCUACAGCAACUCCACUCUAACUGUUCUAUGUUAUAUCAGCCAACGCUGGCAUGCAAUUCCUCCGCCAGGCCGUACACAGGCCCACGUCUGGGGAUCCUUAAUUCCCCACACAUACACCCCCCUUCCCAUGCUGGCAGGAACAUAAUUAAAUAUUCUAAGUCCUACCGGGAUAGCUCAAAGCUGACCCCAUAGCUUGGUAUUCCAUAUCCCCCUAUAUGUAUUUUAGCUACAGAAGUCACAGCACCAAUUAGCGGUCACUCAUGACUCUGCCUAUCCCCCAUUAUUGUCGCAGUAUUGGUUAAACACUCUCCAUGAUCUCUGGUAGUGUCCUAGGAUCCUCACCCUACUCACUUAUAGGGAUAUUUGAUUUAUGUCCUAUGAAUCUUGUACCCACCAUCGUAGGGUCAGGAUUCUAACAACUAUGUCCUCAGGUUACCUAUUCAUAUACCAGCCUCAAGAACAACCACCCCGAUUAUACAGGCGUAUUUCGUUCACAGUAAGUCAAGCCCAAUUCCAGUUCCAACUUGCCUCCCACCAUCAUUUCCCUUUAGGUUCUCCAAUAUCUCAUUCCUCUGGCAAGGAAACCCCAUUCUACCCCAAGCAAGGUAUGUUUACCCACCUCGCUACUACCCAUCACCCGUCCCAUUCUCGGAUCCGGUAUGUCAACUGGCGGCCUGGUUCCCAGCUAUGCUAGUAACUAGCCUCAUCUUUAUCAAUUCCGUGAGGCCAACACCCAUCUUCAUCCGCAUAUGGAGGUAUACGCCCCUCGGCGGCCCAUCACAUAGCUAACUCCUCACAUCAACCUCUCCAGGUUACGAGUUAGGGCCUCACCCAGCAUGGCCUCUUAUAUUGACUCUUUUUACAGUCCCCGAGAGGCCAAAGUUCUAGCCACACCUUUCAGUGGCCCCUGCCCACUAGGCCAAAUCACAUGUAGUCAAACAGUUUAUUAAAAGUCAAAAUAUUAUUUGGGCUGUGGAGUGUCCCUUUAAGUAGUGAUACUCAAGCUUCUAACAUGAUAGGAGGUUAUGGAUGGCAAGAAGGUUGUGCUAAAUUUGGGAUGUUUACGCACAACAGUAUAAGUGUAACUCACACAUGGUAAAUCACUAAUGUUUUUACUGUCGGAAAUUCAAAGAGAAUUUCAGAUUUUAGACAAAAAUCGUCAAAUGUGAAAAAUUCUCCAAAUCAGAUAUAUUUCCAGUUCCCUGUUUUGGCCUCAAAUUGGAGUACCAGGAGUGCCCCAGCAUCUCUCUGUUGUCUCCACUACUUUCAACAAAAGUAACAGAUGCUCCUAAACUAACACUACAGUGCACCUAACCCACCAACCUACAUUGCCAGGUUUAGCUUGGAUGUAGAGGAGGUGGGGAACAACGUCUGGCAGAUUCCAGGUUGGAAUUCAAACUGUUCUAAAUUGGUUUGACAGCUUACAAUGUGAGUGCCAGGGAACUUCUGGGACUAUAACCGCUACAGCGUACAGUAGUGGCUAUGGUACUUGGAGUGUUCCUUUAAAAGAAGCACACACUUGUAUGCAUUACAAAAUAACAUACAUGAAAGUUAUAUUAUCUGUUACGAUUUAAAGAAUACUAAAUAUGACAGUGUUCCUUUUGACAAUGUGCAAUGACGUGUAGAAAAAAAUAUUACUGCUUGUAUGUGACCUGUAUGAAAUUUAUUACAGAAGGUGCCAGACUGGUUCCUGAAAUUGUUUCACUUUUUUUUUUUUUUUUUCAAACCAUGAUUUAAAAAAAGAAAUAAAUGAUAUACAUAUAUUAUAUGUGGACACAUUUCUGUUUUACAUUUUGUUUUCAAGCAGUUCCAGAUUUCAAUUAUAACAACAUUUAAAAUGCACAAACGAAUUUAAUGCAUUAACAACGUUUACAGUGUAUUAAUUAACUUGUUUUGAAUUGCAAAUGUAUUUACAAAUGUAUGAAAAGAUGAUGGCAUUUACCGUUUCCUUCCUGCUUUACAGUUUUGAUCCAAAGAAACUGUACUGAACAUGGCUGGUCCCCCCAUUCCCCGUCGUAUUUUAAAGCUUGCUUAUUUAACAGCAGCUACGACACAGACGAAAAGGCAAGUAAAGGGUUCGGGCUGAGUGGGCACAUUAUAGCGAUAAGGUCCAUUUAAACGGACUAUCCAGAUGAUUGGGUAUAUUUUCAAGAUGAAAGAUCGACUUUCAUAAAACUUAUCAGCGUUCCAGAGUGCAUGGGCAAAUAACCAAGUUAAACGCAUUGAUUCUCAGAGUCCUGAGUUGCGAAGGACAGAUUUGAAGGAUGAACGCUCAGACUGCAUCCUACAUACUAAUCUUUCAUAAAAAUACAAAAUACAAUACUAUCGGAGCACAAAAAUUACGCUAAAACUAAGAAUGUAAACCUUAUUUAUAAAUAUAAAAAAAUACAGUUUGGUACGUAGGAAAAGCUUGAUUACAUUUUGGAGAUGGUGGGGAAAUUAUUACCGAUGCUAAGAAAAUUGGAAGAUCAUUCGUGGAGGACUGACUAGCAGGAGGCAGAGGAUGUGGAAAAUUUGAAGAGACAGAUGAUUCGGACGUUGGAAAAGACUGCUUUCUAUAUGCUGAUGGUCGUGAGAGAGUGUAGAAAGUGAAAUGAUUAAUAAAUAGGACAGUAGAGAAAAAAAAAUCACCAACAUUAAAGGGAAACGGACACUUUAUUCUCUGUGCUGACUGGUAGGUGCUAAUGACAGAGCUUUUAAUAAUGACUGACAGGGAGUUCAGAUGGAGAUGCCCAGCUGUAGGUUGGUUACUAAAUAAUAGCAAACUCAAGGUACAGAUGCACUUAGAGUUGAACAAUGCACAAAUGUUGCAUAUGGUAAAUAUACAAAUGGUGAAAUAACUGUAUAAAAUAAUGCAGAACUGUCAAAACAAUCUUUUUUUUUUUGGAGUUGUGUUGCUGCUAUAAAGACCAAAACAUACUCAAAAAAAAAAUACAGAUUAGGGGACACUGGAGGCAGCAUGACUACUUCGUCUCUUUGAAGUGGUUAAGUGGCUAUAGUAUCUGGAGACCCCUGGAGCUCUACUGCCAUUCAGUAUUAAACUGUUUUUAAAGUUUUAAUGCUAAACAAGAGUCCUCAGCAACUCAUAGCCCUCUUGGGCUAAUGAGGAAGCAUUAGUCUGAGCAGCACUGGGUGGCUUUGAUUGGCUGAGAGUGUCAGCUGACCACAGUUAGCCUAUCACAGUAUCUUUGCAGGUAUGAAUCGGUAUGGCUACAAGGAAGUGUGUAAUCGCUGCCUUAGCCACACCUCAAACAGGGGUGGAGCUAUUAGAAGUGCUGAACCCUCAUUCAGUGUUCAACUGCUUGAAAAUGGUUUAUUACUAAAUAGAAGGGCAGUACCAGGGGUCUCCAGGCACUAUAAACAAUUCAAUGAGAUGAAAUGGUUAUAGUGCCUACAGUGUCCCUUUAAGGGAAUAGCGCACACAUGGCCAUCCUAUUACCUUCUACCAGGUGCCGGAUUAACAUAGGGGCUGAUGGAGCUGCAGCUCCAGGCCCAGGCCCAGGCCCAUGGAAUAGGCCCAUUAAAAAAAAAAAAAAAAAUGUAACUUUUAAUUUUUCUCAGUAUAAACAGAGAUUACUCUGCAAUACCAGCACCAGCCAGUAUGGGUCACUGUGUGUGGAGAGAGGCAGUGAUAGGAAGUUACAGCAUAUCCCUCCCUGCCUCUCUUCUCACUGAUCCGCAAGGGAGCAGCUACACAGCACAGAGUUCAGACAGCAGCUCCCAGCUGUAGCGGUACUUACCCUUUCCAGGGGCCGGCCGGGGUCCUCUGUUCGAGCCGCGCGCGGUCCUGCUGCUGCAUGAGCCGCGCGCGGCUCAGCCGACCGCUGUGACUGGAAAGCGGUCACGUGUUCCACCUAACUCUAAGAGCGCGCCGCGGGUAUCGGGCGCGCUCUUAAAGGGACAGUGGGUGCCUAAAUUGGAAAAGGCAUCCCAUUGGUCCCUGUCAUGCCACACUCCCCAUACACUUACCUUUUGGGGGCGUGGAUGUGACAGGGACCAAUCAAAUUAGAUGUUUAGGUAUUUAUACUCACCUUUUUCCCUUUGUUCCUUGCCCUAUCGUGGUUUCUGUAUCAGUUCCCUUUAGCGCUUGUUGUGUUCAGUUGUGUUUCUCCGUAUUGACCUUGGCUUUGUUUCUGACUACGUUUUCUCUUUAUCCUUCUGUUCUGGUUGUCGGCUUGCUGUUUACUGUGUACCAGACCCCGGCUUGUCCCAGUUUACGCUGUCUCUCUGUGCCCUUGAUUUCGGAUCGUUCCUGACUCUGUCUCCUCUCAUAUACGUCGAGUCCGGCCAUUCUAAGGUCCGGUAGACGUAUCUCUCCUCUGUGUUGUCUUUUGUUUUGCUUAAUCCUGCGUGUUGGGGUAUAUUCUCGUUACACCAGCCUGCAGAGACAGCCUACAGCUCAGGGAAGUGAAGAAUGGGGGGGAAAGGCAGCAGGGAAACAUGGGGACACUGAGACACUAGGGGACACUGAGACACUAGGGGACACUGUGAGACAAUGGGAUGCUGAGACGCAUUGGGAUGCUGUGAGACAUAGGGACAUUGGGAAAUCCAUUGGGACAUGGAGACACUAGCGACACAGUGUCUCCAUGUCUCCCAGCAUCCCCAUGUCUCCCAGCCAGUGUCCCUAGUGUCUCAGUGUCCCCAUGGCUCCUAGUCUCCCAGUGUCUGUUUCCCCAAGUCUCUCAGGGUCCCCAUGGCACCCAGUGUCCCCAAAUGUAUGUGUCCACAUGUCUACCAGCCAGUGUUCCUAGUGUCUCAGUGUCCCCAUGUCUCUCAGUGUCUCUAGUGUCCCCAUGUCUCCCAGUGUCCCCAAAUUUUUCAGUGUCCCCAUGUUUAUGUCCACAAGUGCCCCCAUGUCUCCCAGUGUCCCCAUGUCUCCCAGCCACUGUCCCUAGUGUCUCAGUGUCCCCAUGUCUCCUAGUCUCCCAGUGUAUGUUCCCAUGUCUCUGUGUCCCUAGUGUCCCCAAAUAUCUGUGUCCCCAUGUCUCUGUGUCCCUAUUGUCUGUGUCCCCAUGUCUCCCAGUGUCCCCAAGUGUCUCAGUGUCCCCGGGUAUCCUAGUGACACGGUAAACACUGAGACAUGGGAACACGGGGAGAAAUGAGGACACAGACACUGGGAGACUAGGGGACUGGGUGACAUGGGGACACUGACACUGUGAUACAUAGGGACACUGAUGCCUGACUGGCCUUCCAAUUCUUUGGACAGACAUACCCCCUUUUUGGGCAUGUUCGCCACUUUUGGCAGUUCUGGUCAUGUGAUUCGCAUCAGUGGCUCACCCUUUUACCCCGCCCAUUGACUUCCUGCUUCACUGGACACUGCUGUUAGGGGGUAUGGAUUUACUUGAAAGAUGAAAGCAUAAAUUAGAGAGAGAGAUUAGCAUAGAGUAUGUGUUUUCUUAUAGCUGCAUCCUUUGAGUUUCCCUUCAACACCAUCUCCAUCAGAUACAUGACACUAGGUAUGACUGUUUUAGUGUUUUUGAUUGAUAAGAUUCUGUAAUUAUGCCCAUCAUAAUUGUCAGCACCAGGCCCACUGUGCUCUUAUUCUGGCCCUGCCUUAAUUACCACCUACAAGAAGAUACCUACCAAAAGUCAUUCCAUGGAGAAAAUGUCACGUUCAUAGAAAAUUAUGUAGCUACUGAGUGGCUUAGAGCAUCAGCUGACUACUCUAGCCAAUCAGAGGGGCCUCUGCACGGCGGCACUCCACUUCCUGAAAUUUCAGAAGACAAACGCUGCUGGGGAAACUGCAGAUCCAGCACCGGAGGCAACAUUCGUGGUUAAACCAUUCGAGAAAGCUCACUGGGACCUCCUGGCACCAAAUGGUAACUGGAGUGUUCUUUUUUAUUUUAGGCCUGGCUAAUGUGCUCACUACACAACAAUGGGGUUCCUCUGAGUAUAUAUAUUUAGGUUGUCACGGUUUUUUAAAUCAGUUUCUCAAAUAUUUACACGUUGUAUAUUAUAAAUUCCAGUACUAUAAACUUGUUCACCUUUAUCACUUUUAAUCAUGUAAAAGAAUACAAAUACAAUGGAUUUCAAGAGAUCUCUCGUUUCCAUGGAUUGAAGCAAUUUUUCUAAAUGAGUUUAAGAUUGGUGUUAACUCACAAGUACUUAUAAUUGGAAUUUUGUGACCUUAAUCGACAUUCUGCUUUUACAGAAAGGCCAUUUUCAUGCUGUGAAAAUCCUGUACACUUGUGGAUAUGCCGCAUCGCUAUCCGCCCUUGUAACCGCAAUCAUAAUCUUCUCUCUCUUUAGGUGAGUGUGGCAGUAAACUAAGAGCUGCUGAAUGAUUCCUAAAAAUGAAUUCAUGUACCUCUGGGGUUGUGUUUAAAAUGAAUCUGUCAUGCCAGGUUCACGUUUCAAUAUUUACAUUCAAUUUCCUUUCUGUAUUACAUUAAAGGGACUCUUUAGUGCUGAAAUGUUCUUCUGUUGUAGUAAUCUCUACCCCCCUCUGUCUGGUGUUUAAAAUGUUACGUGUAAUAAUGAUUUUUUAUUUAUUUUUUGGUAUUUCAGACAUGUACCUGCCUUGUGUGGUUUUGUUAGUGUUUUUUAUUUCAGACCAUGGUACUUUAGUCGUCAUAAAUAUAUCUUGCAGUCUUAAAUGUGCUCCCUGUGACUCCCCUCCCGCCCCCCAACCCACAUAUUCCCCUUCCCCCCUGCCCCCUGGAUCCUUAUAGAUUAGUUAUAUAUUCUGUUCUAUCAUUUUACUUAAUACCUUUCUUUGGAAAGAGAGAGAGAGACUCUUGUGCUCAGUGUAUUUUAAUUAUUUUACUAUUCUGUUUUUUUGUUUUGUUUUUUGUCUGCCCAAAUGGGGGUUGCGAUUUUGUAUUUCCUCCCUCCUCGUUUCUGGUCCUCAGCUCUUUCAUCUGAGCCAAGUUAUUUAGGAAGAGACACUUGUGUUAUCUAGACUGGAAACUGGGGCUGUAAUAAUGAUUUCUUGACUCGUUUCUAGCGCCGAAUGACCUCAGCCGCGGUCACCCGCUAUGCGGUAUGUUUAGAAUGAACAUACAUACUUACAAACUGUACGUUUAUGACCCUAUAUAUUAAUUGUCCCUUCUAAAUAUAUAGGCAUUGUAUGAUAUGGGUAUAAAACAGGAUGGGAGGGUUAUGGCCUUAUAGAUGGAUGAUGUCGCAAUGGGAGGGUGAAAGGAGAAUAGAAAAUGUAACUGUGGCAAAAAGACCAAGAACAAUUGUGGGAGGAAUACUGAGCAAACAGUGAAAGGCUUUACAAAAAACCCCAAAAGAAUUGGAAAUGCAAAAUUACUUAAAAUAAAAAUAGAAUAGAAAAAAAAUGUUUAUAUCAAGCCUCAGCGUGCUAUAACCUGGACAGGAAUAUACAGACAUAGAUAUUAAUUAACACAAACAGAGUGGAAUUGAAAUAAAAGACUUUCAGGAUGGAGUAUGCUACACAAGAGUGUUUAUAUACGGCUCCUAAAACCAGAAUCAUUUUCACAGAAACACGUCAGUAUUAUUUACUAAAAUGGAAAUUCAGAUUGAAUUUCAAAUUUAAGGCUAGAGUAGCUGUACAGAAAGCAUAGAUGGCUGUUUUACCUUAAAUUUGAAAUUCACUUGGAAUUCUCACGUUAGUAAAUAACACUAUUUUAAUUUGCAGUAUUCUAGAAUUUCCACUCUUCGGAACACAAAUGAGUAAAAUGUGGAAUAGGCGCCAUCUAGUGGGCAAUCUAUUUUGUUUGUUUGUUUUUGCAGAAAAUUCCAAAUAAAGGCUUGGUCAGUUUUUGGUCAGACACCUACACUUAUAAUCAAAAUUUUUCAACCCUCAUUUAAAAUUAAAUUUAUUGUCAAAAUUUACAGACUUUCAACUUUUUGCAAUCAGCAAAUCAAACAAAAGCAAUUGAAAUAGCUCAACACAAGGAAUGCUUGAAGUGGUUUCCCCAUAUUCAACUGAAAAUGCAACUUAUUAUGCGUUAAAGAUAAAUUCUCCAGUCGCAAAAUGAUUCAACGCCAUGAAUUGAAUCCCAGCACAAAUAUGCAAAACAAGUGUUGUCUCAAGCAAACCUGAUGCAACUUAUCAAGGGCUUCAUUAGUUGCACCAGGUGUGCUUGAUGUGAAACACUUAAAAUACCUGAACUGACUAGGAGUUUGAUGAGUGUCAUGUUUGACUGCAUGUUAGAAAUAUGGCUUAAAAGAAUGGCCCACAAAGUUAAGAGAAGAGAUCAUCGUCAUUCACAAACACGGAACAGGAUACAAAAAGAUAGUGAAGGCACUGAUUGUUCUUAGAGACACUGAGGGAAGCAUAGUUUGCCAGUUCAAAGUUAAAGGAACAGUGGUUGCACUGCCUGGACGGGGCAUAAAAAGAAGCUAUCAAUGGCUGCAACCAGAUUUCUGAGAAGGCAGGCUGUGAAAAACCCUCGAGUGACUGCAAAAGACCUUCAGCAAGACUUGAUGGCAACAGGCCCUGAGGUUUCAGUGAUAAAAAUAAGGCGCGUAUUGACCCAAAAGCACAAGAAAAGUUGGUUGCAAUAUGCUUAAAAUCAUAUAAAUAAGCCACAGAAGAUUGGAUGUUGAGAAAGCACCAGGUGGGGUGCAAAACGUGUCCAGAGUGUCAGGGUGUCACCCGUUUUCUGGGUGGUCUUCUUAGGUGGUCUCUCCUCUGAACAGUAGCUGCAAGUAUUUCAAUCAAUCAGUAUUUAUAUAUUUUUUCUUUGGAUACUGUUAUUUUACACACUUGAUACUUAUGUACAUAAAUGUACACAUUUUGUAGAUAUUGGAACUAGAGGACUACUGUUACAGUGUGAUACCAUGUGUAUUUAUUUCUAUUACUUUUUUCAAUAAAUGUGCUACUUUUUCAUUACCUUUUUUUUCAUUUGUGGAGUGUUUGGAUUUACCCAUAUGUGCAGACUGCUGUGGUUUUUUUUCUGGUUAUAUUUUUGUAUAUUUGGGAAGAGUCCAGCACGAGGAGUUAAUUCCAACCAGAAUCAUAUUUCACCUUUCAAAUUCAGUUGAUAUAUGCAUUUUUGGGCCUUCGAUUGCGUAUUUUAAGCAUUAUGUCCGGCUGACCCCUGGUAUAUUUCUUUAUUUGUGUGAUGUCUUUCUUUUUUUCUCCUCUAACCAUCUAUCAGCUCUUUUUUUGGCGCCAUGGACAGAACAUUUAAUCGCACAGUAAACUAGCCUAUUCGCCCACAGUCUGUCAUUUUUUUUUUUGGUUGCUACAUCCAUGGACACUUUAGAGUUAUGGAACUUGUACACAUUCACGAACAGCAAAAACUUGUAUUUAUAGCAAUCAAGGAGAUGUAGUCCACAACAUCAUGAGUGCCGAAGGUUGCCUAUCCCUGUAUAUAAUUAGUAUGUGUGAUGUGGAUGUUGAGGUGUUAGGUGAGAUGCAGGGUGAGAUGAUUAACUGAUGUCAAUGGAGCCAUGUAAAAUAGUUUGCAUCAUUUAGGCACGCGUAGCCAUCUGUAAAUGCUUCCUCAUGCUGUGCAGGUCAUACAGAUCCAAAUAUAUCAUUUGCACAGUUUGAGCUAAACCAUCCACACAGAGAUUACAAAAUCUGUGCGCAAGAAAUAGAUAUUUGUUUGUGUUUGUGCCCCUGGUCAAAAACAGCCAGUCCUCCGCUGUCAAACUACAUUCAGUAAGUUUUCUCUAACCAUUUUCACUCCUGACAAAUGACAAUCUACAUCACGUUUGCAAGAUAGAAUGUUUGUGCUGCUCUGAAAAGCAAUGUCUUCAUUUAACCAAAGCCUUAAUUUUAAAUGAACAGAGUCUUUAAUUUGAAAAUAAGGAUUCUAGACUCUUAUUUCCUACGGCUGUUCAUUCCUUGGAAUAUUUUAGUAAAAUGUCACGUCUCUUCUCUGUCUCUCCCUGUGGUACCUCAUGCAGACACUUAUUCCAGGACUGUGAUUUUACAUUAGUUUGCUAUAAUAUAUGUGAAGUCUCCGGUGUAUUGAGUAAUGAGCUUAGGGCUUGCAUUCAGACUUUUGGGCCAGAUCAUUGAUGAGAACAUCAUGUUCCCUGGAAUUCUGUAAUGAAUAUCACCGGCUCUUGAAAUCCAAAUAUAGAUCAUUCUUUAUUACCAGGCAUAGUUUGAAGGAAAUAACUAUCUAUAUGGUGUAUGACUGUUGUCAUCGGGACUUCAAGGGCAGAUGGGCGCCCUGACAUCAUGUAGUGACUCAACAUGACCCAAAGCAGAAACCACCUGCCCAAACGAACUGAUUCAUUUGUCUUAUCAUCUACAUUCAAGGAUUUAUAAAUAGGCAGAUUAAGGCCCAAAGUCAAGUUCAUAUAAUAGUCUAGUCUGACAUGAUAGGAGAACAUUGUCAAAAUAAGGGAACAAAGUUUAGAAUUGCACAGCCGCACCACCCCAGGAUGUGCAGUUGCCAGGAGACCGUCAUGAGUGGAGCGCACUGCACAGUGCUCUCCUUCUGCCACUCUCUGUACGUAGCAUGGGUGACCGGACCAUGGUAUGACAGGAAGUGCUCACUGAGAGGGCACUUCCUGUCAGACCAGGUACCGCGGUUCUCCCACAGAGCUGAGCAGGUACAGGGAGUGGGGGAGAGACACGAGGGGCUGUGAGGAGUGGGAGAGACACAUGAAAGAGCUGGUGGAUGGGAGAGACACAUGGAAUAGCUGGGAGGUGGGAGGCACAUGGAAGGUCUGGGAGAGACACAUGGAAAGACUGGGUGGGAAUGAGACACGUGGUGUGGUUGGGGAAGACACAUGGGGGACCCCAGUACAAUUUUUACACAGGGCCCUGUGGUUUCUAGUUACGCCUCUGCCUGUAGACCUUACUUGGUCAGAGGAAAUAAAGAAAUUUAAUUGUAAUAAACCUGGUCUUGAGCUUGCUGGCACUGGAUCUCUCUAGACCACUGAGUCCUUUUAGUCCAGAAUUUAGAUAAAUUCCAGAUCUGUUCCAGUGGGUGACACGGACAAAGUUGGAUCUUGAGGGUGAGACCCACUUAUCUAGUGGGUCCUGACAGACUACAGGGAAACAUGUGAAAGGCAUUUUACCUGCACACUUUCUAAAAUCUCUAGUUCAAUAAUAAAGGAAUGGAGUACUCUCUAUUUAUACCACGGUGCGCUCUGUGCAUGUUUAUUUCCUUCCUUAUUUUUUACAAAAGCUCAUGUAGAAAUCUGUCUCAGUAUUUGCCUCCAAAGAUUACAAAAGUUAUACAAAGAUAAACACACAACCACAUGACCGGUGUAUAGUCGCCAUAUGGGCAGUCGGACUCCAGGACAACCCUCCCACAUACCCAACCCAAUAACUCACUGACACAAAGGUAUAUGGGAAAAUUUGUCCACAGCUUUAUUUAACCAAUCUUGAAUAAUAAUAAUUUAUUAAGCAAUAAUAAUUUUAACAAUAAACAUGGGUCAUUGCCCCCAUACUCCGCCCUCGUAACCGAAUCCUUCUGUUUAUAUAACAGGCAAUGACCCCCAUAUAAAUAACAUAUAUACAUAUACAUAUAACAUAUAACAUACGUAUCAACAUAUUCCAACAUACCAACUUAAAGUGCCAAACAUAAAUUAACCAUGGCAGGGGUAUACCCGGAUACCCCUGCCCCACCAGAUUCUGAGCCACCGACAGGACUCGGAACCUACCAACCACCAAUGACCACAGUUUUACGUCUCCAUGACGUUCAUCCUAGGGAGCCUAUUUCUUCUCCUUCAGCUCCCUAUCCCGCCGCUGUGAAAAAACGGGAUAACCCAAGUCCGAACCAAAUUCAGGGAGGGUGGGCGGGACAAACUCAGCAAGGUAGUAAUUAAAAGUGAAGGCUUUAAAAUGGCUGCCUAUUUAAAUAGCCAAGCCUACUUACCCAUAACUCCCUACUUCCUUCCCUCCUCCUAUGCCCGCCUCCUAACCCCUGUCAAGGCCUUUUUUCGCUUAGCUGCGCUUUGGCUACAUGGGGCUACAUGACCGGUGUAUAGUCGCCAUAUGGGCAGUCGGACUCCAGGACAACCCUCCCACAUACCCAACCCAAUAACUCACUGACACAAGGUAUAUGGGAAAAUUUGUCCACAGCUUUAUUUAACCAAUCUUGAAUAAUAAUAAUUUAUUAAGCAAUAAUAAUUUUAACAAUAAACAUGGGUCAUUGCCCCCAUACUCCGCCCUCGCAUCCGAAUCCUUCUGUUAAUAUAACAGGCAAUGACCCCCAUAUAAAUAACACAUAUACAUAUACAUAUAACAUACGUAUCAACAUAUUCCAACAUACCAACUUAAAGUGCCAAACAUAAAUUAACCAUGGCAGGGGUAUACCCGGAUACCCCUGCCCCACCAGAUUCUGAGCCACCGACAGGACUCGGAACCUACCAACCACCAAUGACCACAGUUUUACGUCUCCAUGACGUUCAUCCUAGGGAGCCUAUUUCUUCUCCUUCAGCUCCCUAUCCCGCCACAAGCUCAGACCUUGACUCCUUAAGCUGUCUGAGCUCCGCCACCCCGAAGAAAAAGAGCCUUAGUUAUGCCAUCCUGCCAGCCCAGGGUCAACAGAUCCCAACCAACUGCCGAGAGAUGGACUCCAUCCGAGCGGUAGUACCCUGGCAAACCACCUUCCAACUCGCUGUGUCGAACUACCACACCCCCUAGCUUCCGCACAAAGCUUGCCAUCAAGCUAUUCACUUUCUUCCUACAUCUGUCAAUAGCCUCCGGGUCCCUAGCAUGCCGCCACCGCUUCCUAGGGAUAAUCUCCGACCAGACCAACAUCACCCCCGGAAGUAGGUCCCUUAAACCGUUAAGGUCCUGCUUCAUCCACUUCACUAGCCGCCGCUGCGGAGUGAGGCCCAAGUCGUUGCCCCCCGCAUGGAGCACCAGCAGGUCCGGCCGUUGCCCGCCUGCUACCAUCCGGAACACCCUUUCGCAGACCUCCCCCCAACAAAAACCCCUGUACCCGAACCACUGAACUGCCAACUGGUCCCGAUGAAAGCCCAGCUGGUGGCCCUGAGCUCGAGCUGCAGCCCUCCUUUCGGCCCAGAAGACAAAUGAAUGGCCCACGAUCCAUGCGACACGGCCUGGGGGAGAGAAGGAAAACAGAUCAUAACAGCCCCUUAUGCACCCAGCCCCCGGGGAUCCCCCCAAAGGCCCUUCCCCAUCUUACUCCAAUAAACCCAAACGCACAUAUGAACGGAACCGUACCGACUCCCAUCUCCCAAUCCGUUUCACUAUGUCAUCCCCCAGACCCAACCGAGCUGCCUCCGUAGCCGCCCCAAUACGAAAGGAGUGUGUACCAAAAGUAUCCACCCUCAGUCCUAGCUUUCCCAGUCCAGACCGAAAAACCUUGGUGAACUGGAACCGGGAGAGGGAAGACCCGUCCGCGUGUACCAGCAGCGAUCCUCCAACCCCCGGCCUCCGUGCCAUGUACCCCGCCACCGCGGCCACUGGGCACAAAGCGGAGCCCGGCAGGGCCCGCAGCGUCACAUCUCGGCCCUUGCCUAACAUGUCCGUCUUGGAUCUUGCCAGGUGUACAACCACCUUCCCUUCCAGCACUCGGACCCCCGACACCUGUACCCCUCCUGCCGCAGUCCUCGUGGCACUGACCAACUCCCCUACCCGAAAGGCUCCAAAGAAGGCCAACAGAAAUGCCGCCUGAAACAACGAUGCUUCGAACCUGUCGAAACAUAUAGUAGGCAAUAAACCGACCAGGUCACUCAACACUCGCACCGAUACUGGGCGCCGAGUGUCAGGCCGUCUGCGGCCCCGCCGGUACCCCUUCAGUGCCUGCCUUAUGACAAAGGACUUAGUAAUGUCCUCUUCCCCAUGUAACUUGAACCAGAAAGCCAUCGCCGCCAUGGACCUGUCAACCACCGCCGGGGAUGCCCCCUUCGCCAGAAAUUGACAGGUGUACCAGAGGAACGCAUCCUUGAGCGAGUCCCCCGCCGGCAGGCGGUCCAACCCUCCCCAUGACCUUUCCCAGGAGUCCCAGACCUUACUGUAAGCGGUCCAUGUGGCCGGCGCCAGCGAAGCCUUCACCAGUCCCCCAAGCAGGUCGCCCCGAGCCGCCAAAUCUCGUCUGGGCAAGCCUGCCCCACUUCUUGGGCUUCCGGCGCCACCGUCCGGAAUCGUGACCACUGAAAACGAGACAGGGCGUCAGCUACAUCAUUCAUGAACCCAGGCACAUGGCGUGCACGAAAAACAACAUUUAGCGACAUGCACAACAGAACAAAAUGGCGUAGCAACCUAACCACGGGUUUCGAUGCCGCUGAUUGGUUAUUCACAGCGUGCACCACGGCCAUAUUGUCCGAGAAAAAGACCACCUUCCGGUCCCGCAGCCUAUCCCCCCACAGGGCCAACGCUACGACCAGCGGGAACAGCUCCAAGAAAGCCAAGUUCCGCAUGAGGGGGCUCAGUCGCCACUCCCUCGGCCAUCGCUCCGCACACCAACGUCCCCCAAAAUAAGCCCCGAAGCCCACGCUACCAGACGCGUCUGUGAACAGCUCCAGUUCCGCAGCCGACACGCCCUCCUGUCUAAAAAUCACCGUCCCAUUGAACUCCCGCAAAAAGGUCUCCCAUACAGCCAAGUCGGCCCUCAUGGCCGACGACACCCGAAUGAAGUGACGCGGGGAUCGCACCCCUGCCGUCGCUGCCGACAGGCUCCGGCUGAACACCCUACCCAUUGGGAUCACCCGGCAUGCAAAAUUCAGCAUCCCGAUCAACGACUGCAGCUGCCGCAACGUAACCUUACGGGCUUGAGCCGCCGUCGUCACCUCCUCCUUCAGCCGCCGCAACUUCUCCAGCGGCAGCCGACACUCCCCUUGCAACGUAUCUAUCUCCAACCCCAGAAAACUAAGGCACUGAGCCGGCCCUUCUGUCUUGUCCGCCGCCAGCGGGACCCCGAAAUGGCCAGCCACCCACUCGACCGUUCUCAGCAAGUGUAGGCAGGCGGGGGAGCCCGCCGGUCCUACGCAGAGAAAAUCGUCCAGGUAGUGUACCACAGCCCCACUCCCCGCCUCAACUUUGACCACCCAUUCAAGAAAAGUACUAAAUUUCUCAAAGUAGGCGCAGGAGAUAGCACAACCCAUUGGAAGGCACAAAUCCACAAAGUACCCCCCGUCGAAGAAACACCCCAGCAAGUGAUGACACGCUGGGUGGACCGGAAGCAGCCGAAACGCUGCUUCGAUAUCCACCUUAGCCAACAGUGCUCCGCGCCCGGCCUUCCUUACCAGCUCGACCGCCCUGUCGAAUGAUGCGUAUGAGACCGAGCACAAGCCCUUGUCAAUAUCAUCAUUCACCGACUCUCCUUCCGGGUAGGAGAGGUGGUGAAUGAGCUGAAUUUGCCCGGUUCCUUCUUGGGAACCACCCCGAGCGGGGAAACCCGCAGACCCUCCAAUGGAGGAGCCGGGAACGGCCCUGCCAUCCUCCCCAAUUUGACUUCCUUGCCCAGUUUUUCCCGCACCACACCCGGGAACUCAGCCACCGAUUUAAGGUUGCGCCGAACCCCAGUCCCCCCCCGGUUCCGGAAAGGGAUAAAGAACCCCUGACCAAACCCCGCCCGGAGCGCCACGGCAUCUGCCUUAUUACCGCGGCUUAGCCAUCCAUCGCGUCUAGCCUCACCGGGGUUAGGCCCCGGGGCAAGCGAAACUCCCCCUCCCCCCCCAGCCGAGGUAGGGACCCCGGUGUGCCCCGACUUCCCUUUUUUGAAGCACCGGUUGAGCCCAUGCGCGCCUCCGCAGCCCGAACACUCGUGCUUAAAGCGACAGGCGUUUCCCCAUUUGCACUGGCCCUCGUUAAAGAGCCAGCAGAAGCCCUUUUGCAUGGCGGCCGACGAGGCGGACUGCCCCUUUGCGCCGGCCGUGGGCUGAAAUGGCUGCGCUUUUGCGCCAUCAUCAGCUUCAUCCAGAGAGGCAGGUCCAUUUGAUCCCACCGCAUACCCGGAUUAGCCGCCAAACGCUGCCGGAAUUGCUCGUCGUACCGCCACCAUGCCAGUCCGCCAUAGGUGCGAUACGCCUCCCAAAUGCCAUCCAAAUAACAAAACAGAGGGGAGCACAGGCCCGGCGAUUUCUCGCCCAGAACACUGGCCAACACGCAAAAGGCCCUCAGCCAGUUACCGAAAGACUUGGGAAUCUUACGAUACCGCUUCUUCUUCUCUUCCUCCUCCUUCUUCUCAUCUUUUUUAUCGUCCUCUUUGAGAUCAAUAAAAUCCUCCAAAGGGAGAAGAGAAAAGAUCUCGCAGAAGUCACCCUUCCAGAUUUUUUCCUUCACCUCCUGUUUGAGGUGGACCCCCAGCGGACCCGCAAACGACACAUAUGCGUGUUGCCUGGCCGCAUCAGGAACCACCCCCCCCGUCAACUCAGCCCGCUCGCUCGUCGCCUCCGCCCCAGUAACCGUCACUGCAGUGUCCCCACCCGAACUCUGUUCCGCGGAGGGAACCUCGCUCGGGCCCGCCACCCCGGCCCCCUGAGCCCAAACCUGCCCCACACCGCCCUUUGUGGCACCCCCCGCUCCCAGUGAGUGGAGAAGUGCUUGAAGUGUAUGAACCAAUGCACUGGAGUGCAGAGAAGCAGAGGACUCACCGGCCAAGCCCCUCGACCCCGAAGCUCCUGGGGCUGCGUUGUGUACUGUCCCCUGACCAGGAUGAGCGACAUCCGUUAACGAUCCUCCAACCGGGGAGCCAACCCGGUGCCCGGCCACAUCAGAUGCGGAGCGGCUCCGAGAUCUGUAACGAGGAGAAGAAGUCCUGGGCAGAGCAUACUGGUCAUGAGCAGCCCCCCCGUCCCGACCUUGAGAGCGCUGGACACCAGAGCCUCCCGUCGCGCAACCACUCCUUUUCGCCCACCCAAGGCCCGAUCGGCCCUGCCUCUGGGACUACGACUCCUCCCGUUUCUACCAGAGGCCCGCCCCCGUGUAACCAGCCUGGGGGCCAUGACCCUCUCCCCCCCUGAGCUACUAGAUGAGGACCUAACACGCCGAACCCUUCCCUUAAACCCCCCGGACCCCCGGGCCCUAACCGGUGACGGGCUGCUAUCACCUGACCCCAAACCUGAACCCCCCCCAGAACUACGCCCACCUAUCUGCUCACCAGCGCAGGGAAAUCCCCACCCCCCACCCUGGCGGGCCCCCCGACUAGAAGCACCCCCUCCCCUCGGUACCUCCAGCCGGUCCCCAGACCCCGCACCCCUAACCUGUCCUAAACGCCCUGCGCACCUCGACCUCCUGCCCCCCCCUGAUGGCAAACUUCCCCCUGCCGUACCCCCUGGCCCUUCCACCCUCCCGGCUACUGGCCCUCGCUCCAAGCCCACUACCCUGGAACUACCCUGCGCACCCUCCCCCCUAGACCUCCCUGCCCCCGCUCUAGCAGGCACCUGACCCCUCCCCACGUCCCCCCCAGGACUCUGAACCCUGUGCCCAGUCCUCCUGCGCUGAUUCACGCCAAGGGGGUCCCGGCCGGAACCCCCUGCACUUGCCUGUUCCAGGGGCGGUCCGCGAGCUCCUUCCGCACCGGCCCCGCCAGUCCCCGCCAUGGGUGUAGUAGAUGCCCUCCCGGGCUGCAAUCCCGCGUCCUCACCGGUUCCAGGGGGCCGCCCGAUGUCUCCCGCGGCCCCCGCUCCAGGCGCAGCCCUCCCCGCACUGGGAGCUGCACCGUCCGACUCCCGGGUAGCCUCCCGCCGGCUACCGCUUCUCCGACGUCCCGGUAACGCGCCGGGAGGCGGAGCCUCAACCAUGCGGCUACCGGGUCCGUUUCGGCCUGGUCCCGCCGCCGCCCGGCCGCUGGAACCGUCUCCACCGGACUCCGCGCCUGGGCUCAGCCGUCUCGGCGGCCUCCGAGCCCGCACAGGCCGACCUCCGCCGCCCUCAUGAUCCGCAGCACCCGCCAGGGCUGGUCCAAGUUGCGCCCGCAGCCAGUCCACGCCACGUCCUUGAGCCGCCAACCGGAUCCGCUCCAACAGCUCCUCCAUGUUAUCCUUCGACCCUGCAGAAGGAGAGAAAAACAAAGACCCCACCAAACCAAAUCUGUGGACACAGGAGUGCACACAAACUCAGCAAGGUAGUAAUUAAAAGUGAAGGCUUUAAAAUGGCUGCCUAUUUAAAUAGCCAAGCCUACUUACCCAUAACUCCCUACUUCCUUCCCUCCUCCUAUGCCCGCCUCCUAACCCCUGUCAAGGCCUUUUUUCGCUUAGCUGCGCUUUGGCUACAUGGGGCUACAGUAUGAAAAUUGAAAAGUGCAACAACAACCCAACUUGCUUAAUUUUUGCCCCAUCUCUUCUGCCACGAAAGAUUACUUUGAACGUCCAUGUGGCCAUGUCUUGGUAAGAUAUUGCCAUAUACCUUUUGGACUGGCAGGUGGCAGCGUUAUUUACUACAGUGAGAAUUGUUGGGGAAUUCGAAGGUAAAUUUCAAAUUUAGGCCCAAAAUAGCUAAACUGGGAAAAUCCUCCAAGUCAACCAAGCUUCCAGUUCGGCUUCUCUGUCCGUAAAUGAAAAAUUAUCUUUGAUUUCCUGACAAAUUCUCAUUUAAAAUAAAUAAUCCAGUCUAUACAAUAUCGCUGUGUAAUACAAGAUACACUGUGGGUUUAACCACGUAAAACCCACCACAAAAGAAACAAGUAAAAUACAGUAGUGUAGAGCGCAGAAAAUAAUAUAUAUUCUCAGUGUAUCCCAGUAAUCUUAGAUAUAAACAAUAUAUACAUCUAUCACAGAAUAGAGGGUAUGUGUAUAAAAUCCAUAUAUUGUUUAUAUCUAAAAUAAUCCAGUCUGCCUACUCCUUUACAUGUUUUGCAUAUAAUGAUUAUAACAAGCAGAGUAUGGGGUUUACUGUCUGUGUUUCUCCUCGCUGUCCCACCCUUUUGAAAACUGAUUCUUUCAUUGAAUUGCAUUGUUGAGUAACAGUAACCCUGCACCACCCACAUUGUUAUGUUCAGUGUCAUGUGUAUCUCACCGUUACGAUCUUUUCAUUAAGAUUCCUAGUAUAUCACGGAGUAAGCCCCACCUGCAGAGACAGCAUGAAUUUGUGGAUCUGCCAGGGCUGAAUAGACAGGACAUUUAAUGCUGCCACAAGGUCUAUAGGGAACGUAUCGUGAUGAUGCCAUUAUGUAACAUAUGGUCCUUAAGGGGGUUAAUUAUUUGAAAAGCCAUUCGAACUCUGAGCUGGACCGAUGAUGCACAGGAUUAACCCAUUCGUUGCUAUCAAGGGGCAGACGCCAUAGUUUAUUUAAUUUCAAAAAUGCAUAUUUAUUUGUCAGUAUUUUAAAAGGUUUGUGUUUUUUUUUUCAACAAAAAUAAAAAUACAGUCUUUCUCAAACCAUUUUAUAAUUGCAAUUUUGUCUACCCGAUUUUGGUGAUAUACAUUUAUUUAAUUUUUUUGUAAUUGCAGGAAGCUGCACUGCCCCAGAAACUUCAUUCACAUGAACCUGUUUGUGUCUUUCAUCUUACGUGGCGUUGCUGUCUUCGUAAAAGAUGCGGUUCUUUUUGCCGAUGAAAAUAUUGAUCAUUGCACCAUGUCCACAGUAAGACCAUGGAUGGAAAACUGUAUGUAUUUUGGGAGAGACUAUAUAUUUAUACUGUACGCUACACAAGCUCUGCGCACAUCCGGGACCUAAUGAGCAUUCGUGCUGAGCACUGCAAUCGCAUUAGGACAACCCCAUGGGAAAAUAUUGAAUUAAUGCUUUCUUAUGGGGUUUUAGCUAGGACUGGUUGUUAGACCAAAAGUUGCCUAACAACCUGGAAGCACCUCUAGUGGCUGUUUGGUAGAAGAUGCAAAACCUGAGGAUUUGCUACAAAUUGAAGGCACACUCUGGAUCCCUAAGACACUUUAGCUUGCUGAAAAAAGUGUGAAGAGUCUGUCCUCUUUUUUUCAUUUUCCAAAAAGUACUGAUAUGAAUAGAAAUUGACACUUUUAUAAAUUAACCUUGUUACACACCCCUGGCUGUCAAUGAGACAACAUAUCCUGUUACUUCCUGGUUGUUUAGCUCAAUGGAGCUCAACUCCAGAGACAGCAAUUGCCCAGAGCACCUGUCUUGCAUAGACUUCUCGUUGAACUGCAUUGGGAAGUCUGUGAUUGGACAGCCACAUAAAGUCUGGGUGGGGUUAGAAGAGGAGGGCUUGUAAAGGCUGCCUACAAGAGAUCUGCAGCUUUUGCAAGCUGUUUUUUAUAUUUGUUUUUACUUGGACAUUCCUAUUCAGUAAUUUUAAAAUUGAUUUAAAAAAAGGGAUGCCAGGGUAGGGAAGAGAGAAAGUGUGGUGUGUCUCUAAAUUAAAAGAGGUUUACUUGGGAGGUAUGUUAUGACACCAGUGGGAACUUGCCUAUUGAAAUCAAGUCAUACCCAUUGGCUGCAAUAAAACUCUGUUUAACCAUCAUCACUACUAUCUCCAUAAUCCACUCGUAUUGAUCAUUUUCACUACAAGCUAACUAUAACACACUGUCUCGUUCCAGGCAAGCUGUAAAUCCAGUAUGAUAUUCUUCCAUUUCUCUGUCCUUUCAAACUUCUCCUGGUUGCUGGUAGAGGGGAUGUAUCUACACACCUUACUUACCUUGACUUUCACUUCUCAGAGGAGGUAUUUCUGGUGGUAUAUCGUUAUUGGUUGGGGUGAGUGUCAAUUUUGUUUAAAAGUAACAAAUGCAAUUAUUGUAGCCAUAGGUUUUGUUAUUAUAUUGAAUUAAUUUGUAAAUUAAAUAACACUAAAUUAGCCGGUACAGCUGGUGUAACUGCACGGUUGAGGCCCAUCAGGGACAAUUAGGGACACUCGAUGGGUAUCUCCGAUCAUGUGCCUAGCUGGGCUCUAAAAAGGUACCCAAAAUGAAUUAUCACACCAGGGCCCUCUAUACUUUAGUUCUGCCACUGAGAAGAUAGCUUAUACUGAGAAACUGAAUAAUGAAAUGGAAAUAUGACACCCCCAAAUCAUGUAAGCUGUAAUUUGCCUUAUUAUUAUUAUUAUUAUUAUUAUUAUUAUUAUUAUUAUGGCAGUUAUGUUAUUAGGUCAUAUUAUUAGGUCUUAAGUCAAGUGUGCUUUACUCAAGUAAGCCAAGUCCAAAAUUAAAUAGAAAUAACUACAGGAUACACUUCAAAACAGUAUUUGUCUUUCCAAUGUUUUCCAAAGACAGAGUUAGUGUUUGGUUCCAUUUGACCCAGGUGGUACUUUACGUGGGUUAAAAAUUGUCUCCAUAGCUUCAACAGUGCACCCAUACAGUUGCAAGAAAAAUAUGUGAACCCUUUGGAAUAAUAUGGAUUUCUGCUCAAAUUGGUCAUAAAAUGUGAUCUGAUCAUCAUCUAAGUCACAACAAUAGACAAUCACAGUCUGCUUAAACUAAUAACACACAAAGAAUGAAAUGUUGCCAUGUUUUUAUUGAACACACCAUGUAAGCAUUCACAGUGCAGGUGGAAAAAGUAUGUGAACCCUUGGAUUUAAUAACUGGUUGAACCUCCUUUGGCAGCAAUAACUUCAACCAAACGUUUCCUGUAGUUGCAGAUCAGACGUGCACAACGGUCAGGAGUAAUUCUUGACCAUUUCUCUUUACAGAACUGUUUCAGUUCAGCAAUAUUCUUGAGAUGUCUGGUGUGAAUCGCUUUCUUGAGGUCAUGCCACAGCAUCUCAAUCGGGUUGAGGUCAGGACUCUGACUGGGCCACUUCAGAAGGCGUAUGUUCUUCUUUCUAAGCCAUUCUGUUGUUGAUUUACUUCUAUGCUUUGGGUCAUUGUCCUGUUGCAACACCCAUCUUCUGAUGAGCUUCAGCUGGUAGACAGAUGGCCUUAAGUUCUACUGCAAAAUGUCUUCAUAAACUUGGGAAUUAAUUUUUCCUUCGAUGAUAGCAAUCCGUCCAGGCCCUGACGCAACAAAGCAGCCCCAAACCAUGAUGCCCCCACCAGCAUACUUCACAGUUGGGAUGAGGUUUUGAUGUUGGUGUGCUGUGCCUUUUUUUCGCCACACAUAGUGUUGUGUGUUUCUUCCAAACAACUCAACUUUGGUUUCAUCUGUCCACAGAAUAUUUUGCCAGUACUGCUGUGGAACAUCCAGGUGCUCUCGUGCAAACUGUAAACGUGCAGCAAUGUUUUGUCUGGACAGCAGUGGCUUCCUCUGUGGGAUCCUCCCAUGAAAUCUAUUCUUGUUUAGUGUUUUACGUAUUGUAGAUUCGCUAACAGAGAUGUUAGCAUUUGCCAGUGACUUUUGUAAGUCUUCAGCUGACACUCUAGGAUUCUUCUUCACCUCAUUGAGCAGUCUAUGCUGUGCUCUUGCAGUCAUCUUUACAGGACGGCCACUCCUAGGGAGAGUAGCAGCAGUGAUGAACUUUCUCCAUUUAUAUACAAUUUGUCUUACGUGCACUGAUGAACAGCAAGGUUUUUGGAGAUACUUUUAUAACCCUUUCCAGCUUUAUGCAAGUCAACAAUUCUUAAUCGUAGGUCUUCUGAGAGCUCUUUUGUGCGAGGCAUCAUUCACAUCAGGCAAUGCUUCUUGUGAAAAGCAAACCCAGAACUGGUGUGUGGUUUUUUAUAGGGCAGGACAGCUCUAACCAACACCUCCAAUCUCAUCUCAUUGAUUGGACUCCAGUUGGCUGACAUCUCACUCCAAUUAGCUCUUGGAGAUGUCAUUAGUCUAGGUGUUCACACACUAUUUCCACCUGCACUGUAAAUGUUUACAUGGUGUGUUCAAUAAAAACAUGGCAACAUUUCAUUUUUUGUGUGUUAUUAGUUUAAGCAGACUGUGAUUGUCUAUUGUUGUGACUUAGAUGAUGAUCAGAUCACAUUUUAUGACCAAUUUCUGCAGAAAUCCAUAUCAUUCCAAAGGGUUCACAUACCUUUUCUUGCAACUUUAUGUGCAUUCACCCAUACCUCCCAACAUUCCAAAUGGACAAAGAGGGGCACUUUAAUAAGUUGUAGGGCUGUGGCUGAGGUGUGGCUAGGGGCGGGCUGUUCGGAUAAAUUUUUGGUAACUUAUUAAUAAUAAUUUAUGGAACUAAAAUGUAAUUUAGAACAAGAACAAUGCAGACUGAUUUCUUAACAUAUUAAUUGUAGUUUAGAGACAAAUUACUGUGAGUAUUAUUGCUGUGGAGCUCUGUUAUACACUCAGACACACCAACAAUAUGGAGCUCCUAGAAAAGAGGGACAUUAAAAUAGAAAAGAGGGACAGAAGGAUUUGGGCCAAAAAUAGGACCUGUCUCUUCUAAAUAGGGACACUUGGGAGGUAUGAGUUCACCUGGUGAAAUGAAGCAGUUGGCAGUUUCAACAUGCCCUCCUCUUCCUUAAAAAUGCCAACCAGCUCCCUUGUAGUACUUGAGCCUUGUUAAAUAAGACAGAUCAGGUUGUUGCCUAGGGCAUGGGAGGUCCCCCUGCCGCCUUGGAUUACAAUAUUCUGAUUAUAGACGCACAGGGCAGACCUAUAGCGAUUCUUGCUAAAUAAUGCUAAGACAAGCAGGUGCCCCUCCCUCUACCUUCCAGGUGUUACCCACCUCCUAGUUAGUCUUCACUAUUUAUACCCAUUACUAACCAUGACCACCAACCUGCUCCCUAAAGUCCCCAUAAAUAACAUGUGCCAAAAAUCUUCCCUUGUUUUAACCUUUUCACUUUUUAAUUUGCCCCUAACUAGUCAUUGCAACCAACUUGCCCCCCCCCCCAGCCCCGUUUAAUUUCCAAAAAACUAACUAAGCACCAUUACCUCCCUUAUUUUUAAAACUUACUUUUUUAACCUUUGAGUGGUAGGUGCUUUGAUUGGCUCUUUCUACCUAUCUUUUCACCACUUUUUUUUUGUCCUCGCUCUUUUUUUUUUUUUUAAUGUAUUCUGUUUUUAUUGGUUAAAAGGAAAACGAGACAUGCACAGUAAAUAUUACAUCUGAAUUCACAUCGAGUACAAAGGUCCAGGUUUAUAGCAGUUUUUGAGACAUGUGGUAUUGUACACAAGAGGAAGAAGUAACAGGUACAUGCUAUACGUUCAUGAAUAAUAAUCAGUAAUCCAAAAAAACUAACAUUUAUUACGGGACAUACUAAAAGGAAUGACAAAUUGGAAUGCCCAUAGACUUUAACAAGGCAGUGGAAUGCCCAUAGAGAAUAAUGGAAGUAAAAGGAAUGCCCAUAGAGAAUAAUGGAAACAAAAUAUUUCAAUUAGAGUCAAAACUAUUAGACAUAUGAAAUAAAUAUACUCUCCAGAUUCAGCGUCAAUUUUUUAAAUGUAGAUUAGGUGGGAUUAUUAAUGUUUUCUAUGGAAUGACAAGGGUGAAUGACUAAAGAGAAUGCCCAUAGACAAUAAUAGGAAGUAAAAUAUAAACUCAUUUGCAGGGAAAUCUGUGUUACAUAGCAAAUUCAUCUUUACCACAGGUGUUCCCUAAGUACAGCAGUAGAUUGUAACAUUAAAAGUAACUGGGAUUAUAGCUCUUUUCUAUCGAAUGACAGUUAAAUGAUACAAUGGAAUGUCCAUAGACUAUAAUGGGAAGCAAUAUGUGACUUGGAAUCUGAACCGUGAAACAUAUCAAGUAAAUCUUUUGCAGGCGGGUGGGGGCCCUAAAGUAAAAUAAGGGGGGGACCUAUUGUCCUCCCUGCCCGGCCACCACCCCUGAGGGACGGGUAGGGGCCCUAAAUUACAAUGGGGUGGAGCUACUGUCCUCCUCCCUGGCCCCCACCCCUGAGCGGUGGGUGGGGGCCCUAAAUAAGAAUGAGGAGGGGGAACCUACUGUCCUCCCCCCCGGUCUCCACCCCUGAACGGUGGGUGGGGGCCCUAAAUAAGAUUGAGGGGGGACACCUACUGUCCUCCCCCCGCCCCCCACCCCUGCACGGUGGGUGGGGGCCCUAAAUAAGAUUGAGGGUGGGGGACCUACUGUCCUCCCCCCUUGUCCCCACCCCUGCGUGGUGGGUGGGGGCCCUAAAUUACAAUGGGGGGGGCCUACUGUCCUCCCCCGUGGCCCCCACCCCUGAGCGGGCCCUAAAUAAGAAUGAGGGGGGGGAACCUACUGUCCUCCACCCCGGCCCCCAGUUCUAUGAACUCGAUGACCAAACACCGUUGAACGCGUUCGACUGAAUUAAAAUGGCCGCCGCCACGUGUUCGUAUGUCGAAUGGCGGCCACUUCUACUACUUCGGCACUUCGGCUGCAUCCGAAGUGCCACUUCAAAAGUGCAGAACUGUACCAGUACCACUUAAAGAGGCAGAAACAGUGCUCCAAAAUACAAUAGGCACAAAUAGAGUUUUUAAAGGGCAAUACACCCCAGGGGCCAUAGUCACAGGGCAAGAGGCUGGCAAGAAGGCCUCUCCAAAAGCCAGUGGCGAAGGAUAGUUCGUCACAGAGCUGUAGUAGGGGGUUAUGGGUUAAAGUAGAGUAUGGGGGCUGUAGUGGGGACUAAAGGACUGUAGUAGGGUGUAGGGUCUGUAGUAGGGGGUUAGGGGCUGUAGUAGGGUGUAGGGGCUGCAAUUGGGGGUUAGGGGCUGUAGUAGUAGGCUAAGUGCUGUAGUCUAAGUUGUCUAAGGAGGGAUGCUAUGUUUAACUUGCUAUGUCUUUCAGAUUUCCUUACAAAAGAGUUGAUAUACACGAUACUCUAUGGGCAUUCCAUUGUAUCAUUCACCUGUCAUUCCAUAGAAAAGAGCUAUAAUCCCAGUUUCCGUUAAUGUUACAAUCCGCUGCUGUACUUGGGGAACACCUGUGGCAAAGUUUAAUUUGCUAUGUAUCCUCUACUUUCGUUUUUGAUUUGCCAAUAUUUUGUUUGUUAGUGCGUUUGGUUUAUUUAAUGAGGGCGGCUUGUGUCAUCUCACUAGUGCGCACUCAUUUCUAUGCUCCUACUAAUCUUUUGUAUACGCUUUGGUCAUGUAGUUAGGGUGGGGGUGUGGCUAGGGGGGAGAGUUCGGGUGGUCUACCAUCUGCUUUGGUUAUCCUAAGUUGUUUGUUUGGUGUUGUCCUGCGGCUGAAUGAGUCAAUUGUUGUGGGUUUGUGACUGUUGUGUGGUUUCUGUUUGGUCUCUGUGGGGGUAUUCCUCACUGCGGUCCGUGAGGUUAGUGAAGGUUGUGGUUUGUCUUUUGUUUAUCUAGGGAGGGAGGUGUGGGUUGAGGUGAGGGAGGGGGUAGGUGAGUAUCCGGUUUACAGUCUCCUCUUUAGGGUUGUCCUCUGGAGAUCUGGUCGAGUCUAAUAAUCUUGGUGUGUGUUAGUUAUGAUUCAGUUGUGUGGUUUUGAUCAGUUAGCGUUUUGCCCUGCGGAUGGGGGUAGAUUUUGCUGGUGUUUGUCAGUCGUGUGUUAUGUCUUGUUUGUUGGGUGGGGUUUGUUUGGAUUUCAUGGUGCUGAUAGGAAAGUGUCAGGUGUGGGUCGCUUGGUUGGGUGUUUGUGUAACGAGUUUCACCUGGUGUGUAUUGAGUGGUGGAUUAGCCAGGGAUCCCAUAUUUUGUUGUGGUGGUGGGUCGUGUCAUGGAUAAGGGCCGAGAGUUUGUCCAUUUCCAUGGCAUCCUUUGUUUUGUGUAUCACGGUCUCUAUGGUGGGGGUAUUUUGGUUGCCCCAUUGUUCCGCAAUUGUGCUUCUAGUGGCUAGUGCAAUAUUUGCGAGUAAUUUGUUCUGAGACCUGAUCAGUGGGGCAUGGGGUAUCGAGAAUAACCAGAUCCAUGUGUUCAUGGGUAUGUCUGUGUGGAGGAUUUGGGAUGCGAGUUCAGCCACUUUUGUCCAAAGGUGAGAUAUGUAGGGGCACUCCCACCAUUGGUGGAUGUAAGUACCUUGGGCACCGCAGCCCUUCCAGCAUGUAUCAGUGUUGGAUCGUCCCAUCUGUUUUACUCGUAGAGGUGUUAGGUACCGUUUUGUAAGCUUGCUCUUUAUGGUUCACACAGAUUGUGAGGGACGCUGUUGCUUCCCAUAUUUUAGCCCAAUCCGAGGGGUUGUUCGGGGGGCCAAUGUCCCUUUCCCAGAGUCUAGUGUAGGAGAUGGCUUCUGUUUGGGAGGUGGAGUUCAGCUGGGUGUAUAUGGAAGAGAUUUGGCCUUUGUGUAUUGGGUUGUGCAUGCAAUCGUGUUCGAAUGGGGUCAAGUUGGUAGUCGCUGCGGCUAUGUGUCGGGGGUCCUUGAAGAAACUGCGGAUUUGUACAUAUCUAAAUUGGUCAAAGGUGGUUAGUGGGGAUUGUCUGGGUAGGACUUGAAAUUUAAGUAGCUGGUUGGCUCUAAAGAAAUGGUAGAAGCGGAAGAGUCCAUUGUCCUCGUAGUGUGCGAAGUCUCGGGGUGUCAUACCUGGGGGGAAUUGCUUGUUGCGUAGAAGUGGUGUGAGUGGCGAUGGUUUGUUGAUGAGAGGGGUUUUGCGAGUGACUCUGUCCCACACUAGGAAGGAUGUGUGUAGGGUCGGGGUCGUUUGUGGGGUGUCCGGUCUUAAUAGUUUUGGGAGCCAGAAGAGUAGUGAGGGAUGGCCACCAUCCAGUAGGUCAUGUUCCAAGUCUACCCAUAGUUUCUUGCCUGGUGGGGCAUGUAAGUGUUGUAUUUGUGUUAGUUGGGCGGCUUGAUAAUAGUUAUAUAGGUUUGGAAGACCGAGACCUCCGGAUUUGGUGGUCUGAUACAUUGUGGAUCUUUUGAUUCUGGGUCUUUUGUUGGACCAUACGAAAUUGUCAAUUUUGGUUUGAAGUAAUUUAAAGUCUUUUUGGGAUAUCGGGAUGCUAAGUGUUUGGAAAAGGUAUAGGAAUCUUGGGAGCAGGUUCAUUUUUACUGAGGCUAUCCGUCCUAGCCAUAAUAUUGGCAUAGUGUCCCAACGUUAGAGGUCUGUCUGUGCUUGUUGGAUUAGGGGUGUGUAGUUUGCUGUGUAUAAGGUAGAGAGGUGUUUGGGGAGGAGAAUGCCAAGGUAUCGGAUAUUAUCUUCUCUAUAGGUGAAUGGGUGUGUGGUUUUGAGCUGUCUCAGAGUUGUUUCUUUGAUUUCCAAUGGUAAUGCUUCGGUUUUGUCUAGGUUUAGUUUAUACCCCGAUAGGGUUGCGUAUUCGUCUAACAGUGCUAUUAGGGGUGGGAGAGAUUGUGUGGGUUUUGUGAUCGUCAAUAGUAUGUCAUCCGCAUAGGCUGCUAUUUUAUAUUCGUCUCUGUUUAUUUUGAGUCCAUAUAUCGAUGGGGAGUUUCGUAUUUUUUGCAGGAGGGGUUCUAGGGAGAGGGCGAAUAGGAGCGGUGACAACGGGCAUCCUUGUCUCGUUCCGUUGUGGAUUGUGAUUGUUGUUGGUGUCGCGUUGGGUAUUAGGAGUGUAGCCGUCGGUCGGUGGUAUAAGGAGGUCAGGGCUGUGAUGAAGGGUUCUGGGAAUCCGAACCUCUGUAAAGUGGUGAAUAGGUAGGGCCAGAGAAGGCAAUCGAAUACCUUCUCUGCGUCCAUGGAGAGGAGAAGGGUCGGGAUUUGUCUGCGUUGGGCCACCCACAUGAGGUCUAGGGUACGUCUGGUGUUGUCUCUCGCCUGUCUGGAGGGGAUGAAACCCACUUGGUCAGGGUGAAUCAAUUUAGGAAGGAAGAUUUGUACGCGGUUCGCCAGAAGUUUAGUAAAUAUUUUGGUAUCUACAUUGAGGAGGGAUAUGGGUCUGUAGUGUCCUGGGUCGAGGUGCGUCUUGUUUGGCUUUGGGAGGAGGCAUAUGUUCGAACUCAGCAUGUCGUUUGGUAGGGUGUCUCCUUGUAACUGUGAAUUGAAUAGUGUGGCUAGGUGGGGGAUGAGGAUGUCCGAGAACGUCUUGUAGUAGAGGCCCGUGAAGCCGUCUGGUCCCGGGCUCUUGUGUGGUUUGAUUGUUUUUAGUAUGUACGCUAUUUCCUCCGUCGUGACGGGGGCCGCUAUUUGUGUCUUUGCUUCGUCGGGCAGUGUAGGGAGGGGGAUAUCUUUCAGGUACGACUCUAUGUCUCUUUGAUUGGUUGUCUGUUGCUGACAUUGGCGUGCUUCUGGUUUGUGGUCGUAUAGUUUUGUAAAGUAUUUGGCAAAGAUAGAUGCUAUGUCGUCUGGGGUGUCAUAUGUCGUGCCUUUGGGUGAGUUUAUUUUGUCUAUUCGUUUUGUUUGUGUUUUGUGACGAAGUUUGCGCGCAAGGAGGGAGUCUGCUUUGUUGGAUUUGUCAUAGAAGAGUUGCUUGGUCCAUAUGAGCGCUUUUUGGGAGUCCUUGGACAUGUAUUUUUUGAUGGCUUGUUGAUGUGAUUUGAUCUGUUGGAGAAUGUCUGGGGUUGGGUCUGUUUUAUGUUGGUCUGUGAGGGUCCGUAGCUGGAGUAGGUGGUGUUUAAGUACCGCCAUUUUCAGUUUUUUUAGUCUGGUAGCCUAUUCUAUUAGUUUCCCUCUGAUAACCGUUUUGUGCGCCGCCCAUAGCAUGCCCGUUGAGGGUACUGAGUCUUUGUUGUCAAUGAAAUAGUUCCCUAGUUCGGAGCGUAUUGUCUUUCGUAUGUCUGGAUUAUGGAGUAGGGUGGGGUUUAGGUGCCAUGUCCACGUCCGGGUCGUGAGGGGGAUCUGCAGUUCGAGUGUUAUGUCCGCAUGGUCUGACCAUGCUAUAUUGCCUAUAGAGGUGUUUGUCGUCAGGGGGAGUAGGGAGAGGGAGAUUAAAAACAUAUCAAUUCUAGAGUAGGAAGAGUGUGGGUGUGAGUAGAAGGUGAAGUCCGGUGUGUCGGUAUGUUGCAGUCUCCAUAUGUCUUGGAGACCUGUGUGGAGUGCAAAAUCCGCUAUUGAUUUGUCCAGUUUGGUGGGGUAUUUGGUGGAUUUUGUUUUAGCAGUCAUGGCCCGUUUACGGUCUAUAAGGGGGGACAUGACUGCGUUGUAAUCUCCCCCUAGUAUUAUGUGAUGUGAAGCAAAUAGUUUUAGGUGGGCUUUGAGGGUUGUCCAGAAAAGCGGGUCCGGUUUGUUGGGCGCGUAUAUGGUUGAGAUAGCAUAUCUGUGGUUCCCCAAGUUACCUGUUAUUGUCAGGAACCUGCCUUGUGGGUCUGCUAUUGUGUUUUUGAAGGUUAUCGGGCAAGAUUUAUGUAGUAGUAUUUCCACCCCGUUGUAUUUGCCAGUUUGGGAGUUCGCUAGGUGGCAUGUCAUGUAGUUCUUGUUUUUAAGGGGGAAGGAUCUGGUUUCUUCAAAGUGUGUUUCCUGAAGGAGGAUUAUGUCUGCCCUCGUGCGGUUCGCCCAGCGCAUCAGUUGAUGCUGUUUGGCCGGGUUAUUUAGGCCUUUACAGUUAAGUGAUAUACAUGAGAUUGUCCUAGGCAUGGUGUGUAGUGUGCGGUCUUCGGAGUAGUUGGUGGUAGACCUGCCGGUUUGGUUCUUCCUAUUCGGGGGGGGUUGGGUGGGGGUAUGGGAUAGGUCGUGGGAUGGACGGUAGGGUGAAUAGUAUGGGGUCGGGGUAAUGGGAGUGGGGGGUUGUGGUGAGAGUGUUUCCUGGUCUUACAGUUCAGUUGCCAGGUGUGUUGGAGGGUUAGUUGGUGCCUGUGUUAUGUAUGCAUUGUGCCCCUUAGGGGUUCGUCUUUGUGUGUGUGUGUGUCUGGGAGAGAGGAGGAAGGUUUUCACGUUCCCUUUACCUCUCACCGUUAGCACUGCGUGUGGUGUAUUACAUCUGAGACUGGAGGCGCUUGUGCCAUAAGUUGUCACGGUAGCUUUCGUAGCUAGUUAUAACAUUAAGAGACAUUUAUAUUCAACAUAAUGAGAUGGGUAAAACAUAAAGAACAGUAUCAAACUUUUAACUUUGAGAGGCAUUAACAAUUCACUUCACAGUUCCUUUAGCCUUGUGUCUAAGUCUAUGGGUCUGCGGGUCCCUGUCCCUAAGGUCUGAAAUUGCUGUAGAGUGCUGUAAUGCGCUAUUUGUCUCCGUGUGGCAUUACCUGUAUGUGUGUAGGCUGGUCUCGGUUACCCCCCCUUGGGUGGCGGUCAGUAUUGGUUCGGUGGUCAUUGUGAGAUCGGGUCAUGGAGUUUCUGUGUGAGAGGGAGGCGUGUUUGUGUUAUUUACAUGUGUUGUCUUGGGUUAUGUGGCCCAGUGGUGUAUGAGGUUGAGGUAGCGUUGUCCCCUUAAUUUGGUUCAGGUGUUUCUUGUGUCCGUGUCAUUUGUGUUCCCUCUGUGACCUAAGGGGGGUGGGUGUAUCUGUGUGUGCCCCUAUGUGUCUAAUUGGUGUCCCCUGUUGGUGUUGUUGAGUGUGUGGCUGUUGUGUUUUCCCCCUAAAGCUCAUAUUCUAUUAUACUUGCAACAGUUCAUGGUAGUCUUUAAUUUUCUACAGUUGGCGUCUUGCAGCGGUGACAGGGUUUCGAGAGCCAGGGUGGGUACGUUCGUGUGGUUGUUCCUCUGUGGGGGCCUGCGCCCUGUUCUGUUGGGGCAAAAGUGGCGGGCAUAGGCCCGCUGGAGUGUGGUAGCCACGAGGGUGGGGGUGGUGUAUGUUGACCCGUAUCCUGGCUGGAGUGUUCGGUUUGGAGAUAGGUAUCUGUGUCGUUUCCUGCUUUGGGUGGAUGGUUGUCCUUGGAUUUGUUGAUGGUCGAGCAGAUGUUUGCGAUUUCAUUUGUUGGACCGUGGUGGGCCUACAGAGGAUAUCUGCUGUUCUCUUUAGUUGGACCUAAGAUUGGUAGGUCAUCGCUGGUUUCGUUUGUCAGCGUUGGGGAGUCCAGCUUGUACAUGGGUCUAUGGAGUGGAGGAUAGUGGAGGAGGCCUGGGUCCUAACUAUCAUAUUAGGUUUAUCUCCGUUGAUUAUGGGUGGCAGGUGGGGGUGAAAGUGGCCCUCAUGGCAUCUGGGUGGUUGCAGGUUGAGGUAGCGUGGUUGGUGGGCCCACAAGUUGCGAGUGAGUGUGCACGGGAACUGUGGGUGCUGGGUACCGGGAGGCGCGGUGGUGGGGCUUCUGCGGGUAGGGGUGUUUCUGGGAUGGGUGGUUUACCUUGUAACAGUGGUCACCGCCGCGGCCCGGGUGAACCCGUUUCGGUGUGUUGGGAUGGUGGUCAGUUCGAGGAGGUGUCCAGGUCCGCCUCCUUCUGUUGCGACGGAGUCAGUGUUUUCUUCUUUUUCAGUGGGUGUUGCGCUCGUGGUUUGUCCAUGUAUCUAUGGUCGGGCCAAUUCCGGUUCGGCAGGGCCUGUUGCACCAACUGGAUACCCAGUAACUCAGCAAAGGGCUCCAUUUCCACCGGGGAGAGAAGAGUGUGAGUUUGGUCGUCUUUUUUUACCAUCAAUUUAAAGGGGUGUCCCCAUGUAUAUUUCAUGCCCUGCCAGGGUGAGGGUUUUUUUGACAAUCUUUAUUUAUUAUUUUGUCUUAUUUUUUUUUAUUUUUUUUCCUCGUUGACAAUACAAUUACAAUCUUAAAUAAAGGCCUAUAACAUCGGGCCUAAAGAGUCGUUGUUAUCGAAACAGUACAGCAAAAUGGUAGCAUCUAAGCAAAAACACAUCGAUAACCAUAACCGUAAACACCCCCCCGAACUCCAAGGAUGGCCAGCCUCUCAGUACCCCUUCGGGGGUCACGUGAGGCAAGUAGAGAGUAGGACAUGGUGAUCGCAGCUAUCCCGUUGGCGUCGUAAAGCUGUGAUACCUAUCCGCCACGUGUGCCUACCGCUACAUCCCCAUGGGCUAAUUGUUGCGCCCGCUCAUGUUCCCUAGCCCAGUUAGCCCCCCUCUACUCCCCACCUGGUGUACCAGUGUGCUUAAUAUAUAUUUGAGCAUCAGAAUGGCCUCCGGCCCAACAGCUCCCCCCCCACCCCCGUCUUGCUGGAUGCCCCUAUAGAGCAAUUCGGGCGUCUAUCGCCUGGGUAAUCGAUUUGGCUGCGUACCCCCCUACAGCGCCCCGACCCCAUGAAGGCGCAACCGACCUCCUGCCCACGGGCCCAAUACCUUCCUUGGUGUGGGCCUCUCACCCAUCCCUACCAAGAGCUAUAACCACAUAGCCUCAUCCCCCUCCAAGUGCACGUCCGUCUUAUUACCUACCCUAGCCUUAUUUCUCCCUCUCCGCGCUUCAAGUUGAUCCAUGAGCUUGGUUAGGGAGUCGGAGAGUGCAUUGACCUAUACCCGUGCGAUCCCCCCCGAUUGUCAACCGUCGGGACGUCAGGACGGGAAAGGGAGGAGGAUAGUCAUAGCUGUGCUGUCCGGUAAGUGCCGUCCCCAAGGUAGUUCGGAGACCGAGUGGGUGUCAGUCUGUCAAGGGAGAAAGAAGUUGCGCCGGCGCGGGAGCGCCCCCCCCCCGGGCCGGCCCCCCACCCGCGGCCCCCCUCGCAGUGUACUCCAUCCAAGGAAACCAUGUAAGGGCACAUUUAUCCGAACGUCCCUGCAGAGACGCCGUCAUCAGUUCCAUGUUGUAAAUCACUUCGACUCGGUCCACCCACUGGCGAAGGGACGGGGCAAUCGGUUUUCUCCAUAGCGUGGGGAUAAGCGAUUUUGCCGCCGUGAGUAGAUGGAUAACGAGGCCCUUUUUGUAGAUAGUCACUGGCGUGCUCGUGUGAUUCAGCAGCAUCGGCAGUGGCUGGAAAGGUAUGUCUACCCCCGUUAUGUCCUUAAUUGCUUGGUGUACCUCUCGCCAGAAAGGCUCAAUGCCUGGGCAUGCCCACCAUAUAUGAAUCCCAGUGCCCUCCGCAGCGCCGCACCUCCAGCACUCACCAGAGAGAGUCUCGUGAACAUGACGAAGAAUAUCCGGGGUUCUGUGCCAUCGCGUCAGUAUCUUAUAAUUGCAUUCCUGAAACUUUGAGCUAAUGGUCCCCUUGUGCGUCAGUAGGAAAAAAUUUUGCCAUUCCGUAUCCGUCAGCUCGAUCCCUGUUUCCCGUUCCCAGCGUAGCUUGAAGCCUAAGGGGCUGUGGUCUCCGCAGUUCUGCAGCAUGGAAUAUAGGUGUGAGAUGCCGUGGGGGAUAUGCUGUCUGGAUACGCAGAGUUGCUCGAAGUAGGUCAGCGCGCGGUGAAGGUGAGCCGUCCCAGCGAGGGAGGCUACAUAUGUCUUGAGCUGGUAGUAGCGAUAUCUGUCUAGGGUGCUCGGUUCUCGAUCUUGGAGGAGCUCCGCAAGCGGUUUAAGGGCCGGUCCGUUACACCACUGGUGCAGGCAGGUCCAGUCCGCUGCUCCAAAGGACUGCAGGUCUCCCGGGGAAAGUCCCCCCGCCAAUCUUGGAUUGUGUGUCACGGGUGUAAGCGGGUUUGGAGACGACGUAAGUUUUUUAGAGUAGCGAAUGCUACACCACACUUUCAGUGUAGCAUCUAUCAACGGGUUACCUGUUUGCAGAUCCUGGAACGUGGCCCCUCCCAGCCACAGUUGGGCAGGGAUUUUGCCUCCUCUAGCCUGUAAUUUCUCCAUAUCUACCCAUUGUUUACCACUCGGGGCUGCAUGCCAGUCCACUAGACGGUAAAGGUGCGAUGCCCGGUAGUACGUAAGGGCUGAGGGUAAGCCCAUACCGCCCUCACUUCGGGGGCGUUCCAGGAUCUCCUGCCGUACCCGAACAGGUUUCUGGUUCCACACAAACUGUCGAAAGGCGGACGAUAGUGUCUGGAAGAAGCUCCGCGGGACCGAGAUCGGGAGCGUCUGAAACAGGUACAGUAUGCGAGGCAUGACGUUCAUUUUGAUGGCGCUGAUACGACCAAACCAAGAUAUGUAUUGCGGGGCCCAGCGCCUCAUGUCCUGUUGCAGAGUUGACAGUAGAGGGGCAAAAUUCAGAGAAUAGAUUUGGGUUAGGUCACACGGUAACCAAACACCUAAGUACCGCAAUUUGGUCGGGCAAAUCUUAAAGGGGAAGUGCGCCUGAACAUGUCUCCGGAGGGAAGGGCUCCGGGAAAGAGGCAUCAAUUCCGAUUUUUCUAGGUUGAGUUUCAGAUUGGAGACUGUGCUAUAGGCUCGAAAGGCUUCCAGUAGGUUCGGCAGUGAAAUCCUCGGCUGUUCCAGGAGGAAGAGCAUGUCAUCCGCGUAAGCGGCCACCCGAUGCUCUCCCCCCCCCAGCCGGCACCCCGUUAUACCCCCAUCCCGUCUGACCGCCUCCAGGAAAGGUUCCAGGGUGAGGGCAAACAGGAGGGGGGACAGGGGGCAUCCCUGCCGAGUGCCGUUGCUAAUGUUGAACGAGCCAGUGAGCGCACCAUUAACUCUGAUGCGCGCAGUCGGCUUGGAGUACAGUGCCGCCACCCACAACCGCAGCCCAGGUCCAAAGCCCAUAUGCUCCAGAGUCUCCAGCAUAUAUGUCCAAUCAACUCUAUCGAAUGCCUUCUCGGCGUCGGUGGAAAGCAGCACCAUCUCCCUCCUCGUGGUGCGAGCUAGGUGGAUAGAGUUGAGGGCCCGAAUGGUAUUAUCCCGGGCCUCCCGACCCGGAAUAAACCCUACCUGAUCUGAGUGGACGAGAUCCGGCAGAGACCUAGCCAUCCGGAGAGCCAGGGCUUUAGCAAACAGCUUAAUGUCCGCGUUGAGCAAGGAUAUCGGCCUAUAACUAGCACACUCCACGGGGUUCUUGCCCUCCUUGAGGAGGAUCGUGACUGUUGCCCUCAGAGAAUCCUCAUGAAACCGACCCUCGUCCCGCAAAGAGUUUAGCCCCUCCACCAGGCGGGCAGGAGGACAUCCCGGAAAGCACGUAGGUAGGAGGCUGGUAAGCCGUCCGGGCCUGGUGCCCGAUGAGCCUUGGUCGCCUUCAAAGCUCCCGAGAGUUCCUCGAACGUCAAAGGAGCCUCAAGUUUGCCAUCUGCUCCUGGGAGAGUCUGCGUGCGACGUGGCUCUGUAGGUAUUCCGCUAUCCUGACCUUGUGCCGGCUGUCCUCCGACGCUGAGCGGCCCCGUGUCUGAUCAUACAACGCCGCAUAGUACUCCUGGAACGCUCCCAGUAUACCAUUUGGGAGGCGCGUAAUGUCCUUCCCGCCCGUGCGUAUUUUAUGGACGUGUUGCAACCUGCGCUUCUCCCGAAGCAUCCUCGCCAGGAGCUUCCCACACUUAUUAGAAUGUUCGUAAUAGUAUCUAGCGGCCCUCCUCGCGGUAAACAUCACCCCCUGCGACAGAAUAGUUUUCAGUUCUCUACGUACCUCCACAAGUUUAAGAUAUGUGCCCUCGUCCAAAGACUGUUUAUGGGUCCCCUCCAGAUGCGUGCUGUCAGGCUCGCAAUGCGGGCCAGUCUGUCCUUUUUGCGCCUGGUACUCUCCGCGAUGAAGAAGCCCCGAAUGACGCAUUUAUGCGCCUCCCAGAGCCUUAGGGGCGACAAGUCCGGAUCCUCAUUGGUGGUAAAGUAGUCCGCCAGAGCGCGGGCCGCCGCCUGCGUAAGUGCCUUAUCGUCCAGCAUGGUUUCGUUAAGCUUCCACUGACGCUCACUGGGCUUAAAUAGCGGGGAGCUGGUAUGAACCAGGACUGGUGCAUGAUCCGAGUGGUCCUGGAUGCCUAUGCACGAGCCCUGCAGGAGGUUUAGAAAUUCUUGAGCCAGGAAGAUAUAGUCGAUGCGGCUGUACCGUGCGUGCACUGCGGAGUAAUGGGUGUAGUCUCGCUCGUCUGGAUUGCAAGCCCUCCAGCAAUCCACCAGCCCUAUCUUGUGCAGAGAGCGUUGGACCUGCCUGAUGCAUGGAGCCGGGAGCGCGGUUGCACCCCUGGAGGUAUCAAGCAAUGGGUCCAGCGGUAUAUUGAGAUCCCCCGCCAGGACCAAUAGGCCCUCCCUAAAUUUUUCCAGUUUGGCUAACGUCCGGGAGAGGAAGGUGUGCUGCCCCUUAUUUGGGCAGUAUACACUUGCGAAUGUGUAGGAAUGAUCCGCUAUGGAACCCUUUAUAAAUAGGUACCUCCCCCCCGGAUCUGCCUGGGACGCUACGUGUUGGAAAGGCGUCGUCUGGGCGAAUAGGAUGGCUACGCCCGCUCUUUUGGCAGUGGGGUGAUUGGCGUAAAAUCCUUGCGGGAACCGCCGAGUCUCCAAUUUGGGGGCAUCUCCCCCCUUGAAGUGCGUCUCUUGCAGGAACGCUACGGAUGCCUUGGCCGCCCACAGCUGCCUCAAUAGAUGCGAUCGUUUUUCAGGCGUAUUGAGCCCCUGUAUAUUAUUGGACCAAUAGGUCAUCCGUGCCGGGACAAAGCCCCGGCCGGGAGCCAUCACCGCGACGGAAGGGCGCCCCCGCAGCGGCACAAGUGGUACUGUGGAGCGUUGGGAGCAGUAGGAAAGUCAAGUCAAGUACACAAGGUCGUGAGAAAACCUCCCCCCACCCUCUGGGAGCAACGUCGACCCUUAGCCGGGGAUAGGUUACCCGUUCGAGGGACCCCCGGCUCUAUUUACAAAAAAGGGUCUGUCUCAGUGAAGAUCAAAAGGGCCCCUGACUGUAUUGGCGUUCCCACUAGGUGUAGUAGUCAGAACCGCCCCUGCUUCCAUCGGCUCCCACCCUGUGUGUCAGGUAUGCGUGUAUCCAGCAACUAGUGUAUAGGUAUCGUGAGGAAAAUCAAAUGAGACCACUCCCCCCCCCGAAGCCUCAGCCCAUCCCCCCUCUAUGUGUAAGCCCACAGCCAUAGGGUGCCGGUGGCCUUUCCGAAAUCCCCCCUCAUCUCCCUCCUGCAACAUCCAGGGGUGGCUACCGGCAGGAGGGGCCCACCCCAGCUUGGCUGCUGAACCCACCACGAAGCUCCGGCCCCCCCUUCACUCCAGCUGGUCCCCACACCCUCCCUCCACCUCUCUGGACCCGCCUCCUCUCCCUCCCGAUACCCCCCCCUCCGCUCUUGUCCCCACACCCCCCGACCACCGUGAUAUCAUCCACUCCCUGCUAACCCGUGCAGACAGGCUACGCAAAGACCCACUCCUCGGCUCCCAUCAGUCCCCCCCACUCCCCCCCAGAUGGGAAAUGGAGCGGGAGAUGGGAAAAAAAAAGGGGGGAGUAAAAGAAAAAUAGAUAAAAGGUACUAAUAACGGGGGGGGGGAAAGAAGGAGACCGCUGCGUAUGUCCCAAGCCAGCCCCGGCGUCCCCAAGUGUCCCCACGGUCCGCCGGGCUCCCCCGGUCUACAACAUCCCCUGCCCGCCCCACUUAUGCUGGAUCCCACCAGGUAACCCCAGCCCUAAAGCUACCAAACCCGCAGAGCCCUUCCCACCCCACCUAAAUGCUAACUCACCCACAUGCAGCUAACAGUCCUCCACUAAACAUACCCCUCCAGAGCUGUCCGGCGGCCACGACCAAGUCACCUAGGGUCCCAGCAGGUACAGGUCUGCGGGAUCCCGGCAUACCGGGCCAACCGCUGCUAUUCUUCAGGGCCAUUUGGCCCCCCUCUGCGUCGUUGGGGCUCCUGAUCCGGGUGCAGGUUGUGUGCCAUCUCUGAUGGGCCCACUGCUCUCGCCGGCGGACCCUCCAGGAUCCAGUUCGGGAUGGUGACAUGGGGAAGGCCAGCAUUGCGGAGAAAACGAGGAAUGUCAUUCGGCCAUUUUAGAACAUGCCACAUGUUGUCCACUCGGGCCUGAAGACUGAAGGGAAAGCCCCACUUGUACGGGAUCCUCCUCUCCUGUAGUAGCCGGGUAAGCGGCCUCAGGGCCCUCCUGGCGUCCAGGGUGGUCUGCGACAAGUCCUGGAACAGGGACACCGGGGAAUCCAUGUAGCUGAGGUCGGGUCGGGAGCGCGCUGCUUUCAUCAGCUCCUCCUUGAGCGGAAAAGACACCAGGGCGCAGAUCAGGUCUCUGGGGAGGCCAUCCCGUCUGGGUGCCCGGAGAGCCCUGUGAGCCCUCACGAUGCCAAAGUCCUCCGGAGCCGCCUCACCCAGCAGGUGUGUGAACAGGCCGGUGAGUAUCUCCUGCGGGCUCUCCCCCUCCGCCUCCGGCAACCCCCGGACCCGAAUAUUAUUCCGCCGGCCCCUAUUCUCAAGGUCCUCGACCUGACGGCGGAGGUCCAGAAGCAGGUUCCCCUGCCGAGUGGUGGCCAGAUCUACCGCCUGCUGCCGGUGAGCAUUCUGUAUGCGUUCAGCGUCUAGGGCGUCCACGCGGUGCUCCAAGGCUGUCAGGUCUGCUCUCACCGCCGCGAUCUCCUCCCUGAUCACUGCCCUCAGCUCGGCAACCAUCUCUGAUUUGUCCCGCCUAGUGAGCAUGCUAGAAGAGAUUGCCGCUAUAUCCAUCGAUAUUUGUGAUAGGGCCGCCGGGUCUACUGUGCCGCGGGAUGAGCCGGCAAUGCUGGAGCCAGGAGAGGCGGGAACUGACGAGGCUGUGUCAUCCUGCAGGCCUCUAGGCCCCGUAAUGAAAUCGUCCAUCGGGCCGGAUUGGGACCGAGACAGAGCCCCCCCAGGCUGCCCAGAGCUGAGUGUUCUCUUGGUUUUCCCCAUUUUGCUGAGUAGGAUAACGGCUGGAGGCAAAUUAACUGAGGCUUUACAGGGUGAGGCCUAGGAGCACAGGCACCGUGCGUCUUACUCCAUCAGUGGUCAGGCCACGCCCCCCGGGUGAGGGGUUUUAAGUCCCUUCUUUUCUUGAGUGUAGAUGGUGCAAGGUCCUGGAAAAAGGUGAGGCGGUAUUCCUGGUAUUUAGAUAUUUUGUGUCUGGCUGCCUGGAGUAGUUUUUCCUUAGCUGGGAAGUGGUGUAAUCUUGUGAUUAUGUCCCUUGGGGUAGCUGGAUUCAAGCUGGGAGGUCGUAGGGCUCGGUGUGCCCUGUCCAUUUCCAAUUCCCUCUCUGUGAGGUCUGGGGCUAGUGCUUUGAAAAUGUCUGUGAGAGUGGGAAUAAUUCGGUCUGGGGUGACCGAUUCGGGUAGGCCCCGGAUCCGUAUGCUGUUCCUUCUCGAGCAGUUAUUGAGAUCUUCGAGGUUGUCCUCCAGGUUUGCUAUUCAGCCGUGGAAAUAUGCUAUAUCUUGGGCCUGCUCGUUGGUGGUAAGUUUUGCGAUGUGAGUUUCCUCGAGGUCGGAUCUGUGGGCAAGCGCGGUGACAUCCGCUCUGAGGCCUACUAAUUGCUUAUUGAUCUCAGCCGCCACAUGUGUUUUUAUGUCUGCUGUGGCCUCAUGGAGCAUUCCUCUCAGGAUGCUUAUAGUGAGAGGUGCGGUCGGGUCCGAGCUGUGGAAGUAAUCCUCCGGUUCCGAUUCCUCGUCUUCAUCCCGGCGUUGAGGAUUGAUAGGCCGUUGCGAGUUGUUUGGCGUGCGGAACAUUGAUGCCACCGAGGGGGUGAGUUCUUUCUUUUUUUUUCCUCCGCCCAUGCUAUGUGGUGUUGGGGAGGGUAAGUUGUGCCGUUCUGGUUUGUUUUCGGGGUCCGGGUACAAAGGGAAUUGCUGAUGUUAGCGGAUGGUAGUGCCUGGGAGAGAGGGAGCUCAGGGAUCAAGCGUCCAUCUUCCUUCGCGGUCAGGCUCCGCAUUAUUAUAUAACAUUAAUAAUUAGGGAGAAAUAUUAUAGAUAUGGGUUUGUACUUGCUAAAAAACAAAGCUUGAGCUUUGAAAAUCGAAAAAUUUAAUUUUUUUAUGUUAUUUUACAUUCAUCAGUAGUUAAGUAAUAUCUGUAUUUAUUAUAUGUGUGAUAUCAUCAAGUGCAUUCCUAGUUAGUUAUACCUGUUAAUAAGAAAAUGUGAUUCCAUAUUACAGGUGUCCCAGCUCUUACAAUCACAGUAUGGAUUAAAACCAGAAUUACAUUUGAUGAUACAGGGUAAGUCAAAGAGAGUGACAUUGUGUCAGUAGAUCAGAGAAGAGAUAUGACAUUAACACUGGUGAGAACUCAGUAUAGGUAAAAACAUAUGUUUAAAUCCUAUGACUACAAAACUCAUAUUAAGAGUGCUUAGACUAUUUAAAACACUGACUUCAAACCAAGACAAUAUAUUGUGCAGUUUGUUGUAUAUGUGAAGUUUAACCCCUUAAGGACCAAACUUCUGGAAUAAAAGGCAAUCAUGACAUGUCACACAUGUCACGUGUCCUUAAGGGGUUAAUCUACCAUUGACUUUGUAUAAAGCUACAUGCAUUUUCAUAAACUAUUCCCUUUAAUAAUACUCACAUUAUUGGCCUUGAUUUAAUAUUUUUUGGAUAAUAUUUUCAAAUGAUUUCAUAUUUUUGGAGUAACUUUUAAUUUUUUUUUUAAUCUAAAAAAAAUAUAUCAUAUAUUAAAAAACGAAUUAUAUGAAAAUACCAAAAUAUUUAGAUGUUUAAAAAAAAAUUCAAAAAAAAUUCAUCAUUUUAAAUGUUUAUCAAAAAAUAUUAAAUAAUUUGAGCAUCUUUUCCAAAAUUAUUAAAUGGAGGCUUAUAUCAGAAACUACAAUUAACUGCUAUAUUUAUUAUCAUCGACUGAUUGGCCACAUUUCUUCUUUUCAGAUGCUGGGAUGAUUUUGAGAACAUUUAUUGGUGGAUAAUCAAGACCCCGAUACUGUUUGCAAUAUUUGUAAUUAUUAUUAUUUAUUGUGGUAGUGUAAAAAAGUUAAAUCUAAUGUCUGAUUUUUCGAGGGAAAAUCAAUAAAAAUCAUUCCAAUAUUAGAUAAAAUAAUAUACAAUAUGGUACCUGCAUUAAAACCGUAAAAAUAUGUGUUUUUUCAAGGCUCACAUCCCCCAUCAUCCCAACUGUUUUAUAGGUCAAUUUACUAAAUGGUAGUAAAACCACUUUAGCUGAGUAAGUGAGUUAAAUCCAGUAGUCAGUUUAUAGAUCUGUGAUAUUUACCAUCAACAUUUAACAAGUUUGUUUCUCAGCGUAGUCUGUUGAAUCAGCUUAGGUAAUUUCCCGAAGUUCAGACUUUGCACAGUGACACUUUAUUGCUCGUUGCAGAUGCCAAUCUUGAAAAUGCAAACAAUAAAAUAAAAAAAUGCUGGGGUCUGUGAGACCCCGAAAUAUGAUAAUAGAGGUUAAGUAGUAUUAACCCUUUCAGUACCACUGCGAAGAGCUAUGAAGAGUGUGUGUGUGUGUGUGUGUGUGUGUGUGUGUAUAUAUAUGUAUGUAUGUAUGUAUGUAUAUAGACAUACUGGGUGUAGGCCCCCACAAGUGGUGCCUUACCAUCUUCCACCCAAUGGACUGUUGUAUAGACUAUAAGACUUUAAUGGGCUGAGGGCUGGGCACCUAAUGGCCCAUAAUUUGUUUAUAGGACCAGGAGAUGCACUAUCUUUGACCAUGAAUAUUUACUGAGUUGCCACGGGGCUUCAUACCCUCUAGCCCAGUAAAGAAAGAAAGUUCCAGGGGAUGCCCACUAUCCUGAACCAGACCCCUAAAGAACUUCAGCUUGAUGGUUUGUUUAGCCCAGUGAAGCUAAACUCAACUGGCAGCAAUUGCUCAGAGCACCUGCAUUGCAAAGACUUCUCAUUGAGCUGCAUUGGGAAGUCUGUGAUUGGACAGCCACAGAAAGUCUGGGCAGGGUUAGAAGGGGAGGGCUUGCUGAGUCUACAGACAAGAGAUCUGCAGCUAUUGUAAGCUGUUUUUAGAUACAAAAUGCAUAAUUUAAUGAGUGCAUGUUUUCAUCAGGGGUAUAUACCAUACAGUGAUUUUUAAUUUUUUAAUUUUGGCAGUAGAGUGUCCCUUUAAUGGUACCGUGGGCCACUCGAUACCCAAUCCAUUAGAAAUAUCAUUGACUGCCUACUUUGGGAGAUUUGUACUAGGGUCCCCACUCCAUUUUCUACUGAUAAAUGUAUUAAUUUACUCCUUCUGUGGUUUACCCUAGGUAGACCGCUGACCUAUAGAGCCUCUCGAAUAAUAUACCCUGGGUACAGAAUUGAAGACCUCUUUAUAUAAUUAUAAGUAUAUCUCAUCCGUGCUACACCUAAUGCUAGUAUUUUUUUUUUAUUUCAUACUCCAGCUUAACUUCAUCAUAUUUCUGAAUGUCAUAAGGAUACUAAUCCAGAAGAUCCGAUGCACAGAGAUUGGGAAAAACUACAAACAACAGUACAUGUGAGUAAUAAGUCAGUAAGAACUGAUGGUGCUUCUCCAUGCUUCCCCUUUCAGAUGCGCUCCAUUUGGCCCACGUACUGCAAGGCAGAUACAGAGUGGAGAUGCAGUUGGAAGAGGAAGCACGGAUAAGAACAGGGCUGGGGAAAUACAUCAGACUGUUCAAUAGUACUGUGCUUGUUAUGUGUGUAUAAAAGCCUAUCGACUUCCACCAAGAAACUAUGUAAGCAUCUUUAUUAAUUACCAAGCACCGUUUUAAUAACAGAGUUAAUUACUAAUGGAGAAGUGUUGCGAAUUCAAAGUGAAUUUCAAAUUUAAGUUUAUGAUAGGAAAACUGAAAACAGAAUCAAGUUGAAGAAUUUUCCAAAUUUGGCUGUUAUGACCUAAAUUUUGAAAUUCGGUUUGAGUUCACCAUGAAUUCCUGACAAUUCUCCUUUUGGUGAAUAACCCUGUGAUUUAUUUCUCAGUCACCCUGAGUUUUUAAGUUUUAAAGGAGAAAUACACUUUCUCUACAUUUAAAUAGCAGCAUAUAAUUUUUUUUUUAUUUUUUUUUCAUGUGGUUGUCAAUAUACCUCCAAACUGUAUGUUUCUGUAUUGGUUUUUGUGUUUUAAAAAUUAGCUGUCUUUGUGUGAUCCUUUGGAUCACCAGCAAUUUUGAGGUAUAGAAGUGUUUGCAAACCUUCCAACAUUGAGCGAUAAGGAUUUGUGGGCGACAGUGAGGGGGGCUUUGCCAGUGAUGUGACUUGUGUCGGUGGUGAUAAGCAUAUUGGGCGUGUCCAAUCGGAAAAGACUGGGAAAGAGGGACGGGCCCAAAAUCAGAAAUUGGGACUGUCCCAAUAAAAAAUCAGGACUGUUGGGAAAGCAAUGUUUACUGGGCUAUACAAGAUAUGGGGGCUUUUUUCACUUAAUAAUGAUUUUGUCUUAUAUUGAACUAACCGUUUUACUUUAUUCCUGACCGUUUUAUUCCUGACCGUUUUACUUUAUUGAAUUUUUUUGUUUGUUUGUGAUCCCUAUUAACUAAAUAAAUACCUAAGUAAUGUAAAAGGGUGCACCUACCCAUACUUUGUUAAUUAUAUUGCAACCAAUUCUGAGUUUGGUUAUAGAUGAAGGUGUGAUUGGGAAGGUAUUGUGAAGCAAAGUGUUCAAUUGUCCAGACUAAACUGCACCAUAAACAAUGUUAAAUAGUUUUUUUAUUUUUCUGUUUUCAAACUGCGCUGACAAUCUUAGUCAGUAGGGGGCCCCAUAUAUCUCUCCUCACAAGGAUUGAAUUUAAAUGUUCCAGUAGCCAAGGAUUUAGACCUUUAAACCAACAGCUGUCUGUGUGUAACCACUUAAGUCAGUUAUGAGUCCAUUUUCUAAUCUAUACUGUAUAUCAAAUGUUCUCGCAUAGAGGCCAUGGCUGCAGGUGAGGUAAUUAAUAAUCUUGCCAAGGCUAUUUACAACAGAAAUGCUAAAACUAUAGAAACAGAAAAGUAACCGCAGCGUGCAAUAUUUGUGUUUUGAAAAUGUUUUUUAUUUAAUUUUUUUCACAUUCAUGACAAAGCAAAGCUUUGUGUUAGAUACUCCUUUCCCUUUAAAAAGAGCAGUCAGGGUACAAUGGAGGGUUGCUGUGUUUUCCCUGUGUCACAUGUCUUGAGCUUAGAAAUAAUGUUGACUCUACGUUUUAGAAUCUAGAUGUUGCAUGGGUCUUUGUGCUACAUUAAGGUUCUGAUGUCCUAAACGUGAGGUAAUUUUUGUUCAUUUUUGGAUCCGUAAGGAUCCAUUGGGGAAAAGUAUCAGGAAUAAUGUUUCAAGUAGCUGAAGUUAUCCUUUCUUAAUUUUUAUUCCAAAUUAAAUGAGCCAAUAACACUACUGGUAACUGACCACUCAACAUUUUUGGUGGGUACUUUGAAGGCUCCUCUCCCAUUACUGACAUGCAGCGUGGGAUCCAUGAUGUCUCACUGUUCCAGGCAUCUCAACUAUGAUUGAGAGGGACAAAAUUAAUAUGGCCACCACAGACAAAUGUGAUGUUAAACAGCCUUAUUCACAUACAAUAAGUCCCAGUGUUGCACUAAGAGGGUUAAUCAAUAAAGUGAGAAUUCAAAGAGAAUUUAAAAUUCCAGGCCAAAGUAGCCAAACUGGAAGUAUGAAGUUGACUUUGAAUUUUUAGAAUUUUUCCAAAUCUGCUAUUUUAGCCUUAAAUUUGAAUUUCACUUUGAAUUUUCACUUCAGUGAAUACAUUUGUAAGAUUUUGGGGCACACCAGCAAAUGCCCUUAUUCACCAAAGUGAGAAUUCAAAGUGAAUUCAAAGAGAAUUUUAAAAUUUAGGUCAAAUAUCCAAAUUGGAAAAAAAUCUAUUUUAUUGCCAAUUUGACUAUUUUGGACUUCAAUUCAAAAUUAACUUUGAAUUCCCAUCAAUUCUCACUCUGGCGAAUAACCCUAUGUGUUCUCAGCACUUUGCCUUUACAAAACUGAGCAUAUUCAUAAUCCCUAAAAUACGUGAGAAUUUGUAAAAGAUACUGAAUGUGUUUUUUGUUUUAUUAUUGCACAGUAAACAAUUUUAAGGAGUCAAAUUACCUUUAGUUUUCAAUGUCCUUGUUCUUGAGUGAUAUACAUAGUAGUCGUAUAAUAAAAGUAGUACACGAAGAUAGACCAUUCUGUAAAAUAAUGAAUUAAUACAACAAUGUUCUGUUGUCUCCCCAGCCCCCAGCAGCUCUGUCCUGAAUUCCCACGGACUGUAACAGGCUGUUACAGUUCAAGGGAAAAUAAUAAAAGCACAUGGCCAGCAAGUUGCCGGGACUGUCCCGGGAAGGUGAUUUACCUGGGACAGACUCCAGUUUGCCAGGACUGUCUCGGCAAAAACGGGACAGUUGCCAAGUAUGCUCUGUGUUUACUGGUUGAUUCAUACAUUCACUCAUCCGUUCUUCAAAUUGAGAAAAUACUAAUUUCUUUUAUUGUCUCCCUUAUUAGCCAAAUCUACUCUUCUUCUCAUCCCUCUCUUUGGAGUACAUUACGGCCGAGGCUGUAUUUCGAACUUGUUUUAGGAUCCAAUCAGGUACAUUUUCAAUAUAUAUAUAUUUAUCUCACGUCACGCUGUUUUGGGAAGUCAAAACAAGAUAGACAUGUUGGCUUUAGGGAGAAUGGCUGAUAGCAUGGCUUAGGGGCUGACUAUUCACACAUAAAGUACCCCCUUAAUAUAAUGUCUGCUUGCUAGGGAUAAACAUAAGGGGACUAUCCACAACAACGUUUAAAAAUUACCAUGUGAACUGCUCAUAUAGCAGAUUUACAGUAUUCACAAUCUAGAUAAUUUGUUCUUUGUUUAAAUUGCGUGAUGUAUAGAGAAACAGGAGUUGACCCAGAUAGAUAUACAUCUCGUCUGCCUAUGGGCACAGGGUUCGCACAAAAAAAUUGCACAAAAAAGGUUCUUUGUGAAUACAUAUGCAUACAUAUAUAUAUAUAUAUAUAUAUAUAUUUAAAUGGCAUCUGUAGUAAGCGAGUAUAUUUCUGUGUUGCUGUGUGAUUGCUAAGCUCAAGGUGGAUGCAGUGUUCAUGCAAUGAGAAGUGGUAACAUUGGGGAAGAUUUACCAAGGCAGUGGAAUGUUUCUCAACAUUUACCUCCAUAGUACCAUAUUUGUCUCAUGUUUAAUUUAUCCCCCUCCACCCCCCGCUAUGUCACAUGUGUCAUGUUGUCCACGUUGAGUAUUUUCAAUGCAGCACUGUCCGCCAAUAUUCAUAUAACCACCCAACUUUGCAUAUUUGCGAUAUUCAUGUCCAUAAGACUUAUUCUCCUCUCGUAGCCAUAUACAGCCUUGUAGGUAUAUUUCUUCUCCAUGUUUGUAUAUCUCCUUGAAGUCGUAUCUUUUGGGAGCAGGUAAUUGGUGGUUUAAUGCCAAAUAAGAGAUUCAAUUUAAAGGGGUUUUUGGGACACUAUAGUCACCAAAACAACUUGAGCUUAAUGAAGCAGUUUUGGUGUAUAGAUCAUUUUGGUGUAUAAACUGCUUCAUUAAGCUAAAGUUAUUUUGGUACUACAGUAAUGGGCAUUCAUAAAAAUUGGUGUCUAAUUGGCAGAGAUAAACCCCAAUCACAUGGAUCUUAGGAUAUUUUCCCAGAAGUCUAUCGAUAAGUUGUCAUACCGAGAAUCUGAAAGGUAAGCCCACAGAUUUCGCAGUUAUUUUGACUAAGUGAUAUGAAACACUGCUUUGUAUGUACUGUAAUUGGUCGUCUAUGUUAAUGAACUGUGCAUAAUUUUACUGUUUAUUGACACUGCAGGGUUUCAUUGUGGCUUUGCUGUACUGUUUCCUGAAUGGAGAGGUGAGAACCAUAAAGACAUUCUCCCAGUGAGUAAUUCAUACUUGCUCACAUAAUAAAAACAAGCAAAAUCAUAUAACAUUCAUGUGUGUAUGUUGUCUGUGUAGAACAAGCAUUGACACUCAAUAAUCAAUUUACUAGCUAUACCAAUUAAUUUACGGGAUUUUCUUAUACAGAAGGCAUGGCAGGAAUGUAGUGCUUUGUCAAACUCCCCUUCUGUGAGCAUUCAGUCAAGAUAUCACAUCUAAGGACGUACGCUAAAAUUCCAACCGUGAUUCUAUCAGUCAGCAUUUCAUUUUGCUCUGGUGAUUGGAGCCUCAAAAUGGCUCCCCUCUCCCUCCUAGUCUUCUCUGAUUGGUCUAUUUGUUUAAAGGCCCCAAAGUGAAUCUGACGUGGCAGAUUCACUUUAACUGCAAUACCCCUGCAUUAGCAAUGCAUCACUCAGCCUAGGGAUGCUUGGCAUUUCUGAUUGCAAGGUUGCAAUAAAGCAGCUGCUUAAACUCUAUCUAGUGCUGCUAUAAUCUGGGAUUUGUGGGUGUUUUACUAUUGUAAAAUUUACGCCAGCUUCUGCCUACAUCCCGCCCUCUGCCUCAUGAUUGCCCCUUCUAAAAAAUACUUUCCCAGGUAUAUUUUAUAUAAAAGAAACACUAGAGUUAACCGUUUAGUAGAUUUACCCUUAGUGCUGAGAGUAACCCAGGUAAAAUGUAACUUUUAAUAAAUCAUUUAAAAUAUUCAAUUUUAGGUCCUUGAUCAAGGGUAUAAUUAAUAUCUACAAUAGGAGAAUAGAUUCCUACAGAAAUCUUUUUAUAAUAAUAGAUAAAUAGUCAAAAUAUGAAAAUAAAUCAAAUGUAAUGAAAAAAACUCAAAAUCAGCAAUAACUAAUAAAUAAUUGAUUAUGUGAUGGCUUUAUAAUCACACCAUUCAUUGCAAUGUGUGAAAAAAUAAUAAUAGAUAUUGGCUGAAGAUAAAGUAACAAAGGAUAGAGGUUACAUUUGUUGCAUAACCAAUUAGCCAGGAGGGGAGAGACACAACAUAGUAACAAAUCUGAUACCAGAGCUGGGAGAAAGCCCUGCAGGAAAAGUUGGAUAUAAAUGCUGCCUUCCCUACUCUGCUCUGCCUUCGAGGGCACCCCUUAAAAAAUUGCUAGUUCCCCCACUUCCUCUAAGAUGUCCUGCCUAGUAGCCUAUAAAUAGCUAAGUAGCUAUAGAGGUCUCGUCGGUCUAGUCGGCUAUAACGGUUAGUAACCAGAGUUGGAGAUAAAUAAAAUCUAAAAUCUAACAAGUGAAUAAAUAAAGUAUGGGUUGUAAUGUCAUUAGGGUAUUGGUGCAUAUCGUCCCAUAUUCCUUAGACCAACACCAUACUGUAUAACGUCCCAUAAAGAUUAACCAUUUAAUCCUAUACAGUAACUAGUCUUUACCAGACCAUCCAGUUAUCCAGAGGCUUACGCUCUACAUAUAAACCACCCAUCAAGUCAUUAUAGAGACACCCAUUUACCUUUGCAUUAAAAUAAAUUUAAUUGAAACACUUAGUUGGGUGAGGUGUACAUCGAAGGAAACCAUUAAAAAUACUUAACCAAGUUGUGCUUGAGUUAAAUAGGUGACACAUUGUUCCAUAUUGGAAUGGGUGUGAAUACCCUUCUCACACAUUGAAUCAUGGGAUGAGAAUUAAAAGAUGCCAGGGCGUUCUGCAUUUAGUAAAUGUGGCGCAAAGUAAUAGUUUAGCUAUCCUCACAACAAGGACAUUUGUGCUGAAGGAUUAAUUGCAUUUGGUUAUUGUGAUGUUGUAUUUAAUUUGUGUAAACAGUGUUUCAAAUGUAUUCCCAUACAGGUACAAACAGAGAUUCAGCGGCACUGGAGCAAGAGGCAGAGUACGUUAGAGAGCAAUGUCUUCAAUCUGGUGACCCAAGAUUUUACGGCAUAA